AUGACAGGUAGGAUGCGAACCAUUCUUGUACAGACGACCCUGUAAUACUAUAACGUUGAGACAGCGUAUCCAGUAUCAAAUGCAGGCGAUAAAUCUAACAUAAGUAGUACAACGGCUUUAUUGCCGUCAAUUGCAUGCAGAAUACUUCAGAAGCACGACUGCUUGAAAAAAAAAAAAAAAAAAAAAAAAACCGGCUAGCGUAAAAAUGAUUGCGACGAUGUGGCGAAGGGCGGUUCAGUGAUUUUGCAAUUAUUGCGUGAUCUGUCGUGGUGUACUGUAUUCAUACAUGUACGUCAGUUGCGUGAUCUGUCUUGAUAUUUUGUAUUCAUACCUCAGUUUCCUAUUGUUGUCUAAAUUGCGCAGUCAUCGAAUCUGACGCGCGUUCAUGAUCACGCAGUUAAAGUAAAGAUGUCAGUAAAGAGGUUUUCCAAGGUACACUGUAGAUAGUCCACGGUUAACAUAAGAUGCUUACACUACUUUAAUUUCUAAUUUUUUUUUGCAGUUUCACUAGUAAAUUAUCUUGUAACAUUUUACUAAAUAUAUUUCUUUAGUCAGAUUCCAUGGUCAACCAAAACCCAUUAAGGGGUCUUAAAAUAGUGUAUGUUGUUCGAAUGACGUCAGUAGCUUCUGCCAGAUGAAAAGUAAUUUAAAAUUGCUCAUUUGGCAGUCAUUUGGUUAGUGUCGAAAAGUCAAGCCCUGCUGCGUUUUGAUCUUGGCAAAACGAACAGCUCCGCAAGAAAAACUGUUCGAAAAUGCAACAAGCAAAGAUAUUUCUCUUUUGUGUAUGUUGGCUUCAUGUUCGAGCAGAAACAGUGUCAACCAACUAUGGAGAUAUUGAUGGUUUAUUGACUCCGUAUCCAAAUGCCUCUGGUCCUUUCAAGUCCGUCAGCAAGUUUCUUGGCGUUCCUUUCUCCGCUCCACCAACUGGAGAUCUAAGGUUUAAAGCCCCCAAACCGCCAAAAGCGUGGAAACCAAAGGUUUAUUCGGCUAAAACACACAAGGCCAGCUGUUUACAGUCAAGAGACCCUAGUCUUGAAUUUUUUAUCAAGGCAGUAACUCCAAAUUUCACCUAUAGCGAGGAUUGCUUGUAUCUCAACGUCUUCAGCCCGAACACCAGCCUCAGUUUGCCAGUGAUGGUUUACAUUCACGGUGGAGGUUACGCCAGAGGAACAGCGAUCACUUCUCCCGGCGAUAUUUUGGCUCUCCAGGGGGUGGUGGUAGUCAUAGUCCAGUAUCGUCUAGGUCCCUUUGGUUUCUUGACGACCGGUGACUCAGCGGCGCCUGGUAACUAUGGAAUGUUGGAUCAAGUGGAAGCACUGAGAUGGGUCAAAGAAAACAUUGAGAAUUUUGGCGGGAAUCCCAGCAAAGUGACCAUAUUUGGACAGAGCGCUGGAGGAACUAGCGUGGGGCUUCAUCUUCUAUCGCCUCUAUCACGUGAUCUCUUUCAUCAAGCCAUUCCAGAGAGCGGUGUAGAUUUAAGUCCCUUUGCGAUUCAGCCAACGUCUUUUGGUCUCCGUUUCACAAAAGAGCUUGCACAAAAACUGAAUUGUGGAUCCAGUGACCAGUUUGCAAUGGUUUCUUGUAUGCGCAGCAAAACAGCUUCAGACAUGCAAAAAGCCGCCGAGUCAAUCAGAUUUAGUUUCAUUAAUGUUAUCAACUGGGCACCAGUCGUAGAUAAAAACUUUCUUCAUGAUACACCCCAAGUUUUGAGGAAAAAAGGAGAAUUCAAGCAAGUGCCACUUCUCAUCACCUUCACAAGUCACGAGGGGGCGAGUUUUCUCGGAGACAUGGUCAACAAUUCUUUUGGGCUGAUGGAGAACGUGGACAAUGGAGUCAGUCCGACUUUGUUCAAAUCAUUUCUAACCAAGUUUGCUCAAGCUCAAGACAGUAGGUAAGUUCCGUUAAGAUUUUACGAAUGUUUCCUCAGUAGCUUUAAUAGAUGUAGUGACACUUUUGGAACUUAAUCGUUAGCUCAUAAAUGGAAAGCAAAAGCGUCUUUCUUUUCCAUUUUAAAAUAAAGUGUUAAUACAUAACUGCAGCCUGUUAUUACCAUUCCACUCACGUUUAACGCGAGCUUACAGGAUCGUAACCAGCAAAAAAAUUAUGACUGAGACAAUGACCAUGACCUACAUAUUUGGCGUGUUACUCAUCCUUUAUUCGACAAUAAGAUGUCCUUUUAUAGACCCAAAGCCCAUUCUGAUCUAGUCUAUAUCUUUGACAUGAAAACGUUUUUUUUGUAGGGUUGUAGUGUUGGUGGGAGGGUUAUUUAAGUAUUAGUUUUAGUGUUCUCCUCGCGUGGCUCCACAGGGACUUCGCUUCUACAUCAGGCUGCUGCAAGACAAUUGGGCCUUUUUUGGAGCCCAUAGAUACAUGGUACCUGAGGCCCGUUUUUAGAAAGUCCCGUUUUUUAACGGUCCCGGAAAGUAGUCGUUGUUUACCUUAAAUUUAAGAUAGAGGUUUCGGAGGUUGCGAUAGUUUUGCUGAUAAUAUUCUGAAACUAACAGUUAACAAACCAAAAUGGAGCGCUGUUUUUCUUUGAUGAUCUGAGUAUUUGUUUUCGGGCUCGUAAAUUAACCGCGACUUUCGUGAAAGGGGCCUCAGGUCUUUAACCUCUGGAAAGCGAUUAACAACUACAUCUUAAUGGAAGAGUUAACAACAGCCGAAAGACAAUGGAAAUGUUGGUGUACAGCAUCCUGCCAUGCAGCAGAGCCUUUUCUUUGGUCGCUCGAUUUUGGCUUGCUCGGAUCCAGGGAGACUCUGCUGCAUGGAUCGAGUAAGAUCUUUGUUGAGCAUUCGCGGCGUGUUGCUAAGAUAUGGUUUCCGGCGGACCUGGGGCCUAUCUCUCGAAAGUCUCAUAACGGAAAGCUGUUUUGUGUUUGUUGUGUUUGCAUUCAAGAUCAAAGUUUCAAUAAUUUUGAAAAUAAUACAAUGGACCUAUCAGUUAACGUAGAAAAAUUGACUGGUGUGUGGGCUAGGAACUGUGAUACUACUCAACAGGUUUUGAUUUUAAAAUUUGCCUUCGGGCCCGAAACGUUUCCGGGUCUUUCGAGAAACGGGCCCUUGGGCCUAAUAAUGCACGCGCUUGCUACAGCUGGUUCGUUAGUGACCAUCAGUUCAAUCAAUAAACGGAUACUCUCUCUUGAAAAACCAGUUUCAGGAGGGAAAGCAAAAUCAGUGACUAGUCCAGAAGUUUGGGCUGCGGAACCUUCUUUUCUUUUCCUCACUCAAAAGGAGGCUCAGCUAUAUGUAGCUUCUGCUCAUAAGGUGCUGUAGAGACGCUAGUCUCCACAGGUAACCAACAAUGCACAUUUAGUUAUUUGUUUGCUUGUUCUUUAAUUGUAAGCAAUGUUUUGCUUUCCCUUUCAAAAUAAAACGAGUGAGGCAGGUACCUCAGAUUGCUUUAAACUGGGCACGGCUAUGGCCUUUGCAAUAAUUGUUUUUAUCCGUCACUUUCUUUUCAGAAACAAGACUGCUCAUCUCAUCGCCAAUGCGUUGGAGUUCAUGUACACCCCUUGGCCUGACAAAAGUAAUAAAUACGCAUUAAGAAGCCAACUUGUUGAUCUUCUUGGAGAUUACUUAUUUUUUGCUCCCAGUCACGAGGUUGCUGAUGUUCAAAGCCAGGUCGCUCCUGUUUACAUGUAUGAAUUUGCUCAAAGGGCAAAAACAAGUAUGGGUGCUGAUUGGAUGGGCGUGGUCCAUAGCGAAAAUGUUCCCUUUGAUUUCGGAGUUCCUUUGAUUCCAAUGUUUUUUCCAUUUUAUAGUCAGGCUGACAGAAAUGUCAGUUUGUUUAUUAUAACCAUGUACGCAAACUUUGCCCGGUCCGGCGAUCCUACAGUCAGCGGUGUCGCGUGGGAGAAAUACAACACGACUCACAGAGCUUACCUUAAAGUGGACACAAGUCCCGAGUUGAAGGCGUCAUUUAAUCCUCGCCGAAUGUCUUUCUGGAAUGAUUACUAUCCUAAAUUGGAGCAGGUAAAGUUCGAUGCCAAUAAAGAAGUGGUCAACGAUACCAAUAAAGAAGUGGUCAACGAUACCAAUAAAGAAGUGGUCAGUGGUGCAAAGGAUAUUGUUACCAUGGGGAUGAUCGGAACUGUUUUUCAAGUUGUAUUUUCAAUGAUGGUUUUUAUGGUUUACUGAGACCUUGCUGUAUGCCAUGUCCUCAUUUGUUCAAAUCUAGUGAAUUAGGUUUCUUUCCCAAUGUUAUUGUGAGCGGGAAGGUAUAGCAUGAUGUAACUUAUAAUAUUUUUUUGACAGCAGUUAUUGCUGAUUAUUCUAUAUCUAGUUCUACGUUUUGGUAGCUUUCUAUUUGUAUUUGCUCUGAAGUAGCCGAACCUCCCCUUCCACAACUGCCAUUUUUUUUGGCCGGACAGAUCAUUCAAGUCACUCCAAUACUUCAUUCUCAGCAAAAGCAACGGCCUCUGAAUUAUUCCCUUUUGCCCUCGUUUGUUACCUGUGUGCCUGUGAGAGAUUAACUGAGAUUGUAGGGCAAAUUACCUAAUAAUAAUAAUAAUAAUAAUAAUAAUAAUAAUAAUAAUAAUACUAAUAGUAAUGAUAAUGAUAAUAGUAAUGAUAAUGAUAAUGAUAAUAAAACGACUUUAUUACCUUUUCAUUAAAUAAUUAAAAGUCAUCUCUGAAAAUAAUUAAAAUCGAUACAGCUCCUUUAAACAAAAGGUUAAACAUUAAAGGUCUUUUUAGCUUGAUUUAUCCGCUCUUCUGCGAAUAUAUCCGUGAUACCAGUGGGAUUCAGUUAAAGGGGCUACUAUCACACUAUCUGCCAUCUUUAUAAAAGCUAGGACUUUUCUUUUCUUUUGUUCUUUUUUCUUGCGUCAAUUGAAUUUCAAAAAUAACGGUCUAGUUUUGUUAUUGAAGAUGUUAGGCAUUGAAACUGUUUCCUGUCUUCUGUUUCAACGGAUGGCAAGGAUAGACAUGCCACUUCAGCUCUUAGCGGGUCCUAAUAUAAGAGAUUGAUCGUCAAAGCAAUUCUACAAGAAGACACGAUCAUUCCUUUCCCGAAGGGAUCAUAAGUGGGAGAACACAGAAGUGGAAACGAGGGCUCUUCUACGAUUUCAAAAGGUUAUUACAUGUGGUUGUUGUUAUCUUAGCUCAGGCGUUCCAUAAUAACACACCAAUAUUUAUUUUUAAAGUUUGCCGAAGCGUGACCAGAAGCGGAAAAGUCCCUGAGAGAAUUCAGCGCUGACAGGGGCGUAGCUGCCUUUAAGCCAUCCAUUAAGCCCAGGCUUAACAAAUUAAAAUUUGGGUCACAAUGAGUUCAUGUAAAUGCAGUAUCAGGGCGUGAAAUUGCAACUAAUACAAGCACCAAUAUCUGUAUGACGAUCAUGCAAAAUGGCACAUAUUUCACUAGGAAACUAUGUCCCUGGCGAACGCCAAGUAAAUAUGUAGGGGUCCUCUUUGCUUACUUUGGUCACCUGCUAGAAUCAUUUGGGUUCAAAACUUGUCGAUUUGGAGGAUCUCAGCUCUAAAAUAACAUCUAGUAAACCGGCCGUUUUCUCCUUGUUUGUUGUUUCUUCUUGUUUUGUUUCGUUUUCAUUUUUUUUCUGGGGACUCAGGACUUAUUCGACUUAUGGAAUUGGCUACCACUUUGAAGUAAGUGGAUCCUACAAAAAAGAGUUAAUUUCAUUUCCUGGCAGUAACGAUGUUUCGAUUAUUCUGCAUUAAUUGAUGUUAAACGUAACUUCGAGCAAACCAAUCCAUUUGAAUGUUUCUUUAAUUUAAUUGAAAAUCGAUCUAAAAGCUAGUCUCGCUCUGCACUCUAUUUUGCCGUCAAUAUUCAAAUUUCAGAGUCUUUACAUCGGGAGGUUAUUUUUAAACAUGAUUUAUAAUUCCUUUAAAACAGGUAGAAAAGUUCACUAUAAUUAAUUUUUGGAAGGUAGUAUUAAGUCGAAUCCCGUAUUUUCGAGAAAGAGUGAAAGACAUUAGAGCAGGAAAGGUAAUGACCACGGGAGUAAUAAACGAGCAAACUGUUUCUAAACCUUAGCAAUCGAGUACUUUUAAUUGGUUGGUAACCAUAAUAAGGGCCUAACAAGUUUGAUUUACCUGACAGACCUUUUUGUUCUAAGAAAUGAAAUAAUUGUGGUAAUCAGAAAGAAAAUCUGUACCUCACCUUCCUCCAUGCAUGGUUGCUCCUCGGUCUCCUCGUGGCUGUAAGAAAAUAACCAUUUUACCCACACCAAUCUGAACCUCUUAUUUCAUUGGUCCCUGUAACCUUCACUACCUAUUGUUUUCAGGGAUAGGGGAAUUGUUAUGUCACCAUUCCGAUUGUUUUCCCAGGUAAUCACAAACCUUGUUUGGAAUGGGUACAGGUCGGCCCCCUAUAACAGCCGUAGCCACGUGACUUUUUCGCUGCGAAAAUACCUUCGACUUUGCUGGAGGGAGGGGUACGGGGUUGACGUCGUUGUUUUAAGCACUUUUUGGAAUACACAUAUUUUUCGAGAUUGGUAAAGAUCAUUAUUAGUAUGUUACAACCAUUUUUAUGUUUUUUCUUUCAUAAGGACUAAUUUAUUUAUUUUUUUAACCUCUUGAAUUUUUAUCCCGUUACUCGUUUUCUCGUUACUCAUCGUUACUGCGUUACUCUGUUUAGUAGCACCCUAACAUGAACUUCGUUUUGCCAGGAUUCAAGAUCAGGUUUAAUUCAUUUUCCCAUGCAGCAUUGCAUUUUAUCCAAAUUUCGUUGCCUGAGGUAAAGCAAAACAUAUAUUGGUUUAUCAGGCUUAUGCUUGAUACAGUCGGACCUUUAUCAGUUGCGACUACCUCUCGUAAGCGACUAGCGUCCAUAAACGACUAGCUAUCCAAACCCCAAACCUUCCCAGUCAAAUUACUACAGUCGGACUAGCCUGUGAGCAAGCUCUCCAUUUGGCCCCGCGGGAAAUCGUGAAAAGUAGACGCGCGAGAGGCACGCGAGGGGAGACUCGCGGCUCGCUACGCUCAUCCAAAUAGGAGAGCUUGCUCGCAGGCUGUAGACCCUCUUGUAAGCGACCACUUGACGCAUACUUUGAUCUCUAUGUUCUCUGAAAGAAUACUACGCUUCUCAUUGCCAUUACUUUCAAUAUGUCUGACAAAUUUAAUAGCAACUGACCAUACAGCUAUGAGUAUAUAACUGUCAUUUCUAUUAAUGCUACUGUAUUCCAGUGAUAGUCAGCCCUGUAUCUAAAUUCACUUUUUAAAAAUAUUUCAUGACUUGAUCCAUCAGGAUAAAGCACCGUGCCAUUGCUUCAUUGCUCGGGCGUUUCCAUGGGAACGGCCGAGCAAAAGAGUGGGCUUGGUUUUUUCUGGCGCAAAUCGUCCUGUCGCGCAUACAGCGCAUACGCAAGAUAUGAGUAUGCGUAAAAUAGGUUAGCGGACUAAACCAGAGCACAUGGCUGCCUUAAACACGGUGAGGAAAGCCAUCUGUGUUCGGUGUGUAAAGCUCAGUGAUCACAAGAAUGAAUUCUGUCAUUUCUCAUACGCGAAAACUUUAUACCAAAUGCACACGCUGUUCUUUUCUAGACCUAUAUACAGUACAAGAUGGCCAGCGAACGGUUCAGUUCAAUCAGUGACUGACGAACUCUGGGUGAACCUUAUUUAGAAAUCCUCUCGAAGUAGUGAGCUACCAACGGAAUUUAAACACAGUGUUUCUCAUCAAGGCAAGAGUCUUGUCGAAGAGUAGGAAUGCCUCUAAGUUUAAGCUUAGUUGCGUUGAAGGAGAAGAAACAGAAAACGAAUUGAGGACUAACCGAGUCACUUAGCUCUUUGCUUUGAUGUCACUGAUUUUAUCUUCCUCUGUUCAUAUGACCUCUAGUAUACAAUUUCUGCAAUCUGAAAAUAAGAUCAAAAUAAAGUCAUGAUUCGUUGAAUGUAGAACUCAAUAACCACCUUCUAAAUAGCUCCGCAUCACCUCCCUCCCACAGCAGCAUUUUGGCCGAAAUCAGGCGCUUAUUAGAGUAAACUCGAAUGAUUUUUUUUUUUCAGCGAGCUAUGACAUCCCGUAUAUUGAUCCAUUUAUACAAUCGGCGACAAAAUGAGUUGAGACACUUCGCCCAAAAGUAGGCUUUUUACGUUUUAUGAACUUCAAAAGGAGGAAAUAUACCUUUCCUCCCCCAUCCCCUCCGUACAAUGUUGGGCCCUUGUUCUAGCUACCUAUAGAAAACAACAAACACCCCAACUUUGAAUUGAGGGGACAGGGGAGGGGUGCGGAUUCUUUUGUUCUCCGAAGUCACCCUAUUUAAGUACAAUGUCUCAACAAUUUUGUCGCCACUUGUAGCUAAAGGCUGCGGAAAUAUUGGAUCCCGCCCGUUAUACAAUAUAAGAGUAAGUAAAACUUACGCUUGUCGCAGUUACGUUUGGCAGGUCAGGCAAAAACUUCGACGCCACGUCUCUUUAUAAAAGAAAAAAAUGUGCUAAUAAUACAGCGAGGACUUUUAAUCGAUCCUAUGUCAAGUAAGCACGACGUAACUUCAACUGAAACCAUUGCGUGAAACUUAAAAUCAGCAAAGAGCAUAUCAAGGGCCAUCUAUUAAGUGUAACAUAAAAAGCCAAUUAUACUUAUCCGUUUAUACUGAAAAUCCAAUUAACCUUUUUGCCCUCAGCAUGAAACGUAGUCAAGUCUGUGGAUAUAUAUAUUACUGUGAUGACGUGUGCCCAUUCAAGUAAAACCUAAAGUAAAGCCAAUCAUACUUAUCCGUUUAACUGAGUCAAAUGCUUCUUCUAGAGAAGAAUAUAUUCCAUAAAUACUGACUGUUGUGUUAUAGAUUCAUGGCGUUUACAUUUGACCCUUGUAGCCUUUUGAUUUUUGUCUUUCAUUCGCACGGCAAUAGCUAAAACAAUGUUACUACUCCGUCGUCCAAUCAGCGCUUAUGACCGGAUUCCGGACAGAUUUUACGUCAUCAGUAUGGAAUUUCUGUCGCGGAAGUCGCAGACAUUCCUCCUUGCGAAACGUCCCCAGCGACGAGGAGCGAUGAGAAACGGCUGUUUCCGCAGCUUAUGGUGUUAUCGAAAACCCAAAAACCAGCGUGUGGUACAAAAAGACACCCAUAGGGGAAAACACCAUAAAUAACAUCAUGAAAACAAUGAAGAAAAACUCAUCCCUGAAAGUUACCUGCCCAGACAAGAAGCUUACCAACCACAGCGCCAGAAAAACGGUUGUCAAGAAAUUGAAGAGCUCCGGCAUUCCAAAAUGUGAGCUUAAAAACAUCACUGGCCACAGUUCCAAGCAAGGUUUGGAUGACUACGACGCCGGAGAUGAAAGGAGGAGGAGUCUGUACACAGGCUAGGGAAGGGGUGAGUUGUUGAAAUGUCACAGUUAAAAAUAAUGCCAAUCGCUUCUUGCUUCAAAAGGCUAUCUCUAUUCCAUUCCACGGACUAGGAGGAGUAGCUAUACUCUCAAGCCGGUAAAAAGUGCAAUUAUAAUCUAUACUUCCCAAAAUAAUAAACCACUGCUUCACGCAGUCUGCAGCCCAAUGAACCCCUUCUAUGUGAGGGUCUUGCUUCAUUACCGUGAUCACACAUGCAGUGAUUAUAUAACCUGCCUUGGCUACUUUCAAUUGACUGGGACUUUGCGACAUGUAUAACGUGUUCUACAGACUACUAUCAACGUCUUACUUUCGAAAGCUGGUUUACUAACUUAGAACAAACGCCACUUAAUCGUAGCCAACAGUUACCAGCACCGUACGAACGACUUAUUGAUGAGAUCAAGCAAAACUAACUACGAGAGAACGACGAGAGAACUGACUAUUUGACUAACAAUAGACGACUGUUUAACUGUGACAAUAGACGGAUCGAAACGCACCAAUUACUGAUUACGAGUCUUCAUAGCCAAUAACAUCACGGAUUAACUGACAGACGACCAAUAACAUCGCGACGUAAUUGACCAAUCAGAUUAAUAACCAGACUAUAAUACCAUCAACUGACGUGAUACAACUCACUUUGACUCUGAAGAUGACUACCGCACAGGUUGUCGAAACGUCAGUCACUGUCAACAACAACUGUGAGUCCUAUUCAGGACUACGUUCACCUGGACGAUCAAAUUCAACCUACUUUUGAAAUAAUAAUAAAAUUAAUAACAAUAAUGAUGAUGGUAAUGAUGCUUUUUUGCCUUAAACACGGUGAGGAAAACCAUCUGUAUUCGGUGUGUAAAGCUCAGUGAUCACAAGAAUGAAUUCUGCCAUUUCUUAUACUCGAAAACUUUAUACCCUGAAUGCACACGCUGUUCUUUUCUAGACCUACAGUACAAGAUGGCGAGCGAACGGUUCAGUUCAAUCAGUGACUUGACUAACUCUGGGUAAACCUUAUCUAGAAGUCCUCUCGAAGUAGUGAUCAUGAGCUACCAACGCAAUUUAAACACCGUGUUUCUCAUCAAGGUUGUCUUAGUUGCCUUGCAGGACAACAACUGUGAGUCGUAUUCAGGACUACGUUCACCUGGACGAUCAAACUCAACCUACUUUUGAAAAAAUAAUAAAAUUAAUAACAAUAAUGAUGAUGGUAAUGAUUUAAAUUCAACUUUAUUAGACGUAAAAAAAGAAACUUACGUAAUAUGUACACUACAUGUAAGCAACAACGGACAGCUAAAUACACUUAUAACAAUACACAAAGAAGUAGAAAGAGAUCCCCCCAAAAAAGGAAAGAAAAAAAAACGUUUACCUAUUGUGUACACAGACAAAGGCACAGAAGAAAGUUUUACUGAAUAGAGAAGAUUUGUUUGAGCCGCCUAAAAAGCAUUUUAAUUUUGGAUGAGGGGAACGCAGUCACAUCAAGCUGAGAGUCUAUUUUAAGCUGAAUAAUCAACUUGGAUAUAAAUUCGGAUCUGAUAGCUUUCUUUUGUACUGUUUGGCAUGUGUAAUGGUACUUUAUUUUAUAUAUACUGAGAUUUUCGCAUCAAAUUUUGCUGUGUGAAAAAGCGUUUCGGAUUUUACUUCGACCAAUCAGAGAGGCGAAACGAGUUUCUCACACGUGAAAAAAUCGUUUCGUCCAAUCACAAACCACGGUUUAAGCGAAUUGUGUUUUCGCGGGCUUUUUCGCGGUCAUCGCGGGUAGCUUUUUCGGGCAGCUUUGACAAGAUAAUAUUUGACAAGAUAAUAUUUUCGGUGUACUCGAGUUGUUCGUAAUUCAAACUUAUCAAGAGCUAGGAGAUAUUUUUGAGGAUGGCUGAACAAUCAAGAAGAUUUGUGUCUCUAGACAAACCUAUAGACAAGUUUAUCGAAGACCAAAAAAACAAGAACCGGCGAAACAACAGCGGAAAGUGAUAAACAGAACGAGACGUAAGCUUUUGUUGUGCUUUUUAAUGGAGCUACUUUGCCUUUCAUUUAACCAUUUAAGCUUAAGCUUAUAAUUGAAACUGGCUAUUUUACUUAAAUUCACUCAUUUUCAAUUGUGCAUUGAGAACAAACAGUUAAGAUUACUUAUAGUUCUUGGAUUACACGAAGCUUCAAACGCAUCAAGCGCGCGUUUGAAUCGUCAGACGAAGACAGCCCUACGCAGUGACAAACUUGACUUGGCUUUGUUUCUUUCGUUAUUUCCUUAUUUAAUUAAGAAUUGAAAUGUUUGCUAUCCUUUGCACCAGUUAUGAUUGGUGAUAUUUUCACACGUCGAUUUUAGUAAAAACUUAAUUUUUCGAAGAGAAUUUAAUACAGGAGUUUUGUAAUUAUUUUAGAGAACCAAUUAAAGCUGGAUAAAUAAAAAAAUCUCAGUAUGUAUAAAAUAAACAAAUUACAGCAUGGAAAGCGCUUUGUACGGGAUUUUCACACUCGUUGGUUUUGUAUCAGAAAUCUCACUCGUUCGCUGCGCUCAAUCGUUCGAUUUCAGAUACUUCACCAACUCGUGUGAAAAUCCCGUACGCACGCGCUUUCCGUGAAGUAAUCUCUAUGUUUUCCAUAUAACGGAAGAAGACGCAAGUACUUUAUCUGUUUAUCAGAUAAACUGAUAUAGUUACAGUUAGCCUGCGUAGCAGGCGCUUGGAAGUAGUGGGCACAAGAAAAAACGGGCGCGCGAGAAGGAGACACGCCAGGGGAGACACCCCUCGCGUGUCUUUCCUUGCGCGCGCCCGUUCUCUCUUACACCUACUACUUCCAAGCGCCUGUUACGCAGGCUAAGUUACAGUUGGUAGGUUGAGAAAAAUCUUUAGUGAAGUAAGGCUAAGGUUUGUAUUGUGCAAGUUGUUGAACCACUGAAGGGACUCGUUACAUAAUUUCUUAAGACUGACACUCAAAGAAAACAUGUUCCAUAGAGUCAUCAUGAUUCUCGCUACACAUAACACAUUUCAUGCAAUCAGUUAUCCCAAAGCGUUUCAAUUCCGUCUUUAUGCUAUUCUGUGCAAAAGUUUAAAAUAAAAUUACCUUGACUUAUUAUACCGAGUGAUUUUAUAGUUACUUUGCAUGCAGUGCAUCCAAUUGUCAGCAACUGCAGGGCAAUGGUUCCGCCACGUUUGAUGGUAGAUGAAAAUCUAAUCUUACACCAACUAAGUUAAGAUUCCCAAGAUCCGUUUUAGCAGAUGCCUCGCUUUUAAGAUGUGUGGGAAGGGCUGAAAUGAGCUGAUAGUAAUGCAAAAAGUUAACUUUAAUGUUGUAUUUGACACCAACUUCUUGAGGAGAAGGGUCAUUGCCCUGAUCGUUCAGCAAGUCCUGUAUCAACAUAACAUUCUUGUCCCGCCAAGCCUUCCAAUAGACCGAUUUGUUUUCAAUAUUUACGUCUCUGUUAUUCCACAAAUUUAAAUAAAUUCACGUUCCAAUGGAUCUUUAUAAUUGCUACGCAGUUCUUGAAAAUAUUCGAGCAGUUCUCAGUAAAACAGAGGAAUUUUCUUGUCUAAUUUGUCAGUAGUAUAGUUACAAUUAAGUAGAAACAACAGUCCACCAUAUUUUUCAAAGUGGUGGUAGGGGAUUGCUGUCCAAUUAUCAUUGGAGUUACUUAAAAGUCUGAUUAUCCAACAAAGGCGAAGCGCUUUGACGGUAGUCCUGAAGCAACGGAAGUUCAAUCCACCUUUGGAUAAUGGGCGGAACAAAACCAGUCUUUUGAUCUUAUCUGUUUCAUUCUUCCAAAGAAAUGCAAAUAGUUUUUUUUGCGUCUGCAGAAUAACUGUUUCUGGAACAGAAAGCAUAUAGAUGCCGGAGUUGAUUAACUGGGAUAAACCGAAAGAUUUCGCAAGCAAAGUUCUUCCUCCAACAGCGUUAGGACAAAUAUUGAGCUUUGCUUCAAUUUUUCUUAUUUUGAUAUGAAAGUUGUUGUUAUCUUUUCCAGUUUCAUCAUGGGAAAGAAUGUUCCAAGAGAUUUGAUGGGGUCUUUCGGACACUCAAAUCUAAAGGUUUGGUCUUGUUUUUGCUCGUCUGAGUACCGAUCCACACAGGCGGACAUACUUUAAAUGAAUUCACUAUUCGCAUUUCUUAGUGCCCUGGUUUUUACGAGAAUGAGUGUGGUGUCAUCUGCAACAUAUGCAAUGUUAGCAUUUUGUCCAUUUUGGAGCUCCAUUCUUCGACUAAGUUGAUUCUGGCGUACUAUCAAGGGCUAGCAUACAAAUAGAGGAGGGCUCAAUGGAGACCCUAGGCGAACUUCUCGGGACACUUUAAAGUAGUCAGUCAUAAACCCGCAUUCAUAACGCCAAAUUCAACAUUGUUAUAAAGAAUGGAUAUCCAUCUCCUAAUAUCUGGGCCGAAGAUGUAUAGUUCUAUACACUUGGGAUGGUAAUGAUGAUGACGAUGAUAAAACGACUUUAUCACCAACCUUUUCAUUAAAUAAUAAAAAUCAUCUCUCAAACAAACAAAAUCGAUGCAGUUCCUUAUAGAUUAUAUUUGGUUAUUUACAUUAAAGGUCUUUUCAGCUUGAUUUUCCCUCUCUUGUGCGGAUAGAUCUGUGAUACCGGUGGGAUUUAAUUAUUGGGGCUCAGCUAUCACACUACCUGCCAACUUUUAAAAAAGCUAGGAAUUUUCUCGGUUUUUUUCUCUGUUUCUAGAUCCAGUUGUGUCCACAAUAUAUCAGCACUUUUUCACUAUGACGUUUGAAUGACGAGCGCACUAUAGGGCGCCGUUUGUGGAAAAAACAUUUAAAACAAAUACAUUCCUUUUUUAUUUGUAAAUAAUAGUCAGCCAUAGAAAGUUUAUUUAUAAAUAAGGAACAACUACUCGCCAAAUGAUAUGAAAAUCGUCAUAUGUUGCCAAAACCUGAUAUCUAUAUAAUACCAGUCUUAAUUUAAAGACGUUAUUUAACAAUUAUUCAUCGAGCCCAAUGGGCUCUGAGUCGAUAGCCCAUGAGGCCGAAGGCCGAAUGAGCUAUUGACGCAGAGGCCAUGAGGGCGAGAGGAAUAAUUGUUUUAGUAAAAUCUAACUACCAUCCUGGUCAAAACGUUUGGGACACUUCGUGUUUUAGGUGAGGAAAUGUAAUAUUCAAGUUGACCCCCUUCCCCCCCUGAACAGUGUUGGGUGUUACAAGUCAAACACCUUUUACAUAUCUUGUACACUUUAAGGACCUCAACUUUGUUUGUGGGGGGGGGGGAAUCUUGUUGAGGCCGUGUUUAUGAGUGUGUAUCGCAGGUUAGCUGCUAAUUCCAUACAAAACCAAGUGAAAAAGGGAAGGUGUCCGAAAACCUUUUGGCCAGGAUUGUAGUUGGUCAAAAAUAUCGAGACAAAACAACUUUAGCUAGCAAAACGCGAUUCAGCCGCCAUUGUUUUGGUUUUCAAAGCCGGCGCUUUUCGCUAAUAGUGAGCUAGAACAUAUAGCCAAGUACUACUACUACUACUAAUAAUAAUAAUUAAAAAUUUAUAACGCGCCUUUUCAGUGCAAAUAUGAUCAAAAGUGCGUAAGCGCGUAGUAGCUCAGAACACAGCAUGGAUAAUGGACCUCUAGCUGGAUUUUACUAUAAUCCAUUAUUUAUAAAUAAUGAAUUUUACCUGGAGGGUAAAUCCAUUAUUUAUAAAUAAUGAUGUUAACCUAUAUUGUGGCAAAUCUAUUAUUCAUAAAUAAUGAAGUUUACCUGGGCCCAGUUGUUGGAAGGCCGAUUAGCGCUUAACCCGGGGUUAAAUUUAACCCGGGUUUCUAUUUCUUGUGUUCAAAAGCACUUUCUCGGAUAAUUUUCUCCGUUAUUUUUAGAGCUUCCAAUCAUCAACUUGUAGACAAAAAGAAUUCAAACUGAACUGCUUUUUAUAAGCUUUCAAAUCUGAUUUCAAAUCUCGCACUAACCCUGGGUUAUCUUAACCCAGCUUUGAACAACUCGGCCCUGGAGGGUAAACCCAUUAUUUAUACAUCAUGAAGUUUCACCUCGCCGAGUGUAUUUGUAAAUACUGUAUUUUGCUUCAAGGCACUUAACUAAUUUAUGACACACCAAGGCGCCAAAACGGUAAUUCAUUCGAAGGAAAUGGCUUGAAUUCCGAGACGAGUCCGGUAACCAUCAUGGCUGACUAAAACUAAGACCAGAUGUGUUCCGAAGCCGUUUCUCGGGUCAUUAGCAAAACAGUGAGUGCUGUCCCUGCUCAAGUAAGCAUCUAGCUUGAACUUCAGUUUGUUGAAAUUGCAUUUUAUGAUUAACAAUCGAAUAUAACUUUGGCAAAGCUAUGUGUCGCUCCCUAGAAAGGUCACCCCCGGGAUGGAUUUGAUUUGUACAGUGCCCAGGACUCAUUUGCUUGGCCUUGCGUUGACCUGGCCUGGCCAUGCACUUCGCCGAACGUGUUCGCCCUUUCUAUUUUACAUCCUUCGAGUUUAUCAAAGUCUGCGCCGGCAAUUCGUUUCUCUAGCCGCUGGAAACGCUUGGUUUGAUUGGUUUUUAUAUCUGAUGCUAUCCUAUUUCUACGAUCCUAGCACGUUUAUUUACCGUUAGAGGUAGAAUUUCGUGGUAAACGUUUUAUUGGAAAGGGAGCAUGGCAGCCGAGAUGCAUCUUACCUUGUGUAUUAUUCAGUAUUAUAUUGUACGGAGGGUGAAUUUGAGCAAAUUAUCACAAAAAUUCGUUUGAGCAUUAAAUACAAAAACAAUUCAUUGCGGAGUAAGUUUCAUUGACCUUUAUUAGUAUUUCCUACAAAUUGUAGGAUCGCUUUUUUACCCUAGAAAAUUACUGUAAUUUUACUGGAACCGUACAGUGGUACUAUCACAAGGUGGGAGCUGGCUUUGCACUCGUCUAGGUAGUAAAGGCAGGGUCUGUGAUCGUAAGUCAGACCGUGCUGGCUAUGCCAUGCUGAUGAGUCCUAACAAGGACAAAACAGCUGUCCAUAGCUGCCACGGUCAGCAUUAGAUCCCAUCGGCCGUAGCCCGUUUCUCUCCUCAUGAAUUUACACAAGGUACAACUGUUUUCUGCUUUCAUAUCACACUUAGAUGAUAUUUCAAGCAGGAAAUGUUCAUGAAAGUGCAAUUCUUUCCAAUUUGGACGAAAAGAAAUUUGAUAUGUAAGACAGUAGGAUUCAAGUCCACGACCCAGAUGGUCCAGUAUGCUACGUUAACCACUAGACCACUGAGGAUUUGCUGGAUGGAGGUGAAAUAAUUUAUAGCAUCAACCCCAACCCAAACAAAAAACCUAACCAGUUUCGAAACAGUGCUUAACCCUAAUCAGUAAAGGCAGUGCUUAACCCUAAUCUGUAGAGGCAGAGCUUAACUCUAAUCAAUUUCAUGAGGUGUCCGAAGGGGCUACGGUCGAUGGGAUCUAAUGAUAACCAGUUGCCUCAGCCGGGCGUGCUAUCGUUGUGCACAUGCUUAAAGUACUGGCCAUACCGUGGAGUUUGGUAGUGUGUGCUUCAGUUCAUAUCGUGGUCUCAUUAUCACAGAGCCUGGGUGUCCUGUGCGCUCGUUGGUAAUAAGUGGUUUCAAGAGAGAUUAUUCUCUCUUGAUGGUUUCCGAAUGACGUCAGGAUUAAAAAGGCUCGCCGGGAGAUCAAAAGUGGUUUAAAAAGCGGUUUCAUUUGCUAAGUGUCAACAAGUCAAGCUCGGUUGUUGUUUGAUAUUGAAAAAUCGAGCAACUCCACUGAUGAAGAAGUGUUCAAAGAUGCAACCCCAGCAACCAACGUUAUUGCCUUUUUGCGCAUGUUGGCAUCAUGUUCGAUUCGAAAUAGUGUUGACUAAGUAUGGAGAUAUCGAAGGUCGCGUGACACCAAUCAGUUAACACCUUCCAGCCAAAUUUUGUCCUUUUCUUGGUGUUUUCUGGUACGUGGCUAACUAUUUUAGUAGAAAUUAAAAAACCUCCGCUCGAACUCCUGUUCCAAAACAGCUUUGGUCGAGCCCUUUGGGGGUGGUGGGGGGGUUACUCCUGGAAAUUCUUGGUGGAGGUGUGCCGCCCGGUUCUUCAAAUCCUGACCUAACAUCAGACCAAAAAAAUUCUGUAAGGCAUAUGAAAACUUCUACAAAGACAACCCUCCUAUUCCUACACAUUACCUGCGGGAAAUGCUUAGACUAAUCCUCAAAGAAAAUUCUUUCCAGUUCAAUGGAAAACACUACCUACAAACCCAUGGUACUGCAAUGGGUACAAAGACAGCAGUUUCUUUUGCCAAUAUUUUCAUGGCACAUAUUGAAACAACAAUUCUAAGCAGAACCGUUUUUAAACCUACAGUUUGGAAACGCUAAAUUGACGAUAUCUUUUCCGUAUGGGACACCAGUAAACCAGACAUCGAAGCCUUCAUCGAACAAGCGAACUUACAUCACCCAACUAUCAAAUUCACGGCCGAAAUAUCUGACACUGAGACUAUGUUUUUAGACACGGUUGUAUACAAAGGCACAAGAUCCAAGGAAAAAUCUAUCCUUGAUGUAAAGACACAUUUUAAAAAAACGGAAACCUUCCAGUACACACAUUUCACUUCCUAUCACCCGCCGAAAGAGAAGCCUUGAGAAUCCUACGAACAAACUCCUCAAAAACUACGUUGGAGGAAAAUAUUUCAAAUUUCAAAAAACGCUUGAUUGACAGAGGCUACCCACAAACUACGAUAGAAAACCUUCUAUCAGAUAUAAAGUUCACGGAGAGGGAGUCUGCUCUCCUGAAACAAAACAACAAAGAGGAAAAAGAAAUAUUGCCCUUCGUCACACAGUACCAGCCCUCAGUGUCUACUUUAUAAGCACUUUUAAUGAAAAAAUGGAAUCUUAUACAAAACCAACCUUUACUUCGCCAAAUUUUUGAAGAAGCACCUAUCAUUUCCUACAAGAAAGAAAAAUCCCUCAAGGACAUGCUCGUUAGAGCUGAAAUAUAGUAUAGAUGUGCGGCCUGUCACCCCUUAUUAAUGUUUAACAAAAAUUAGUAACAUUGUUAAUUAUUAAUCAUUACCCACACCCACGACUUUUACCCACACCCACGACCCACGACAUGUACCCACGACCUACGACCCACGACCAUUAGGCAAACUCGAUUUUAAAGGAGUGUAAUCAAUGAACAAAACCUCCUAUCCUAAAGGCUAUCCGUUGCGUAAUUUGGAUAAGAAAGGUGACUGAUCGAUGAUGACUGACUGGUCCUACAGAAAAAAUGGCGGUCCCGUCAAACAGACCCCGGCACAAAGCGGAAAAAUUACACAAUUACGCACACAAAACUUGCGCUCUAGAGGUUUGCUAAACAGAUAAGAGCAACAAUAAAGCACGCACACUUACGAUCAAAUUAGCUAACAAUAGCGAUAUUAGCCUAGCGUUUUGUCUUUCUUGACCUCUGUUGUUCUCUCCUCGAUGGCGUCCCACGCUAAUCUGCAGAAGCGACGCGAAGCGCUCACCCGUUGCUAUGUGACGUCACACUGGCACGCGGAAUGGGUCAAUAAACGUAACUGGAAAAGAUGUGUCUCCUGCAUGAGAUACAGUAUCAAAUGCAGCAGAUAAAUCUAACAUAAGUAGUACAACGGCUUUAUUGCCGUCAAUUGCAUGCAGAAUACUUCAGAAGCACGAUUACUGGAGAAAAAAACUGCUAGCGUAAAAAUGAUUGCGACGACGUGGCUAAGGGCGGUUCAGUAAUUUUGCAAUUAUUGCAUGAUCUGUCGUGGUGUACUGUAUUCAUACAUGUAGGUCAGUUUCCUGUUGUUCUCUUAAUUGCACAGUCAUCGAAUCCCACGAGCGUUCAUGAUCACGCAGUUAAAGUAAAGAUCAUGAUGUCAGUAAAGAGGUUUUCCAAGGUACACUGUCGAUAGUUCACGGUUAACAUAAGAUGCUUACACUACUUUAGUUUCUAAUUUUUUUUUUUUACAGUUUUAGUAGUAAAUUAUCGUGUAACAUUUCAGUGAUUCAGUACCCUGCGAACAGAGUCUCCUUCGAUCUUCCUAGAUAAAUCGGGAAGAGGAAGGAACCUCUGCCGACGUCCUCGACAAUUCAUAAUGAGCAUGCUCCAAAUUCAUAUUCUGCGACGUCAAUCAAACCGUUACCGUAGCAUCCACUGUGUUUGUCAGCAAAUGUACAGGGUGUCCCAAAAGUUCGUUCCUCUACUUUAUGAGACUGUAAUGUAGUACGAUUGGAAUUGGUAAGCAACUCACUUAAACAAAAGUUGUGUCUUUCAAUACAAUUUACUAUUUUAUACUUGUUGUCCAAUCAGUGUGACUCUAAUAUUCGAAUUGUGUACUUCCGCGCCAAAGGUGCGCGUGCGCGAGUACAUUUUCCCGCCACAUAUUUUUUGUAUUUUGUAGCCCGAUUUGCUCAAACUGCUUCGUUGUUUUUUGUGAAUAUCAUGAAAGAAAAAAACAACAAAACGCAAAAAACUUUCAGCUACUUGAGAGCAUAUGCAUGUUAAAUAAAUAAAUAAAUAAAUAACUUUGAUAGUAACAUCCUCGUGAGGUUUUUCAGGAACUAUUUACAAACUAUUUACAAUUUAUAAAAGCAGAAAUGACAAUAAAAACUCGAAAUCACAAUUUAUGACGGUAUUCUACUAAAUUCUAGAGCUUAUGAAGGAAAUGUCUGCCUCAAUAGUAUGUCUUUCAGGGCGCGCUUGAAAGAUGCCAAUGAGGCACUUUGCUAAGUUCAUUAUAGCGGAAUCUGCAAAGAGUUCCGUGCGCGAGUGUUACGAGUAUGUAUAUUUGAGCACUUGGUAAACUUGCUCGUUAAGUAUUGAGGCGCAAGAUCGUUCUGACAUUUAAAGGUCAAAACGGAGUCUCUAUAGAAUAAUUGUUCUUUAACAGGAAGCCAGUUUAGCUCUCGAAGCAAAGGUGUUACGUGGUCAAACUUCCUAGAGUUUGUUACGAUCUUGCUGGCACAAUUCUGAAUAGAUUGUAAUCUGUUUAUAUUCUGGAGUGUAGUAUUUGACCAUACAGAUGAGCAGUAAAGCAUCUUACUAAAGACUAAUGACGUUAUUAACAACUCUAGUGUUUCCUUGUCGAAGCUCCUUUUGACUCUAUUUAUUUGGCAAAGCUUUGCGAAACAAGAUGACACUACACAUGAAAUAUGGUGAUCGUAGGUCAGAUGGGGGUCAAGAAAGACUCCCAAGUCCUUGGCAGAGUCUGUUGGCUUCAGUGUUUUACCUAAGAAUACCACUCUAGGGUCUUCUGGUAACCUGCUUAACAUCUGUCUGGUACCGAGGAAAAGGAGUUUAGUUUUAUCGGAAUUGAUAAGUACAUGGUUCUCACAGCACCAUUGAGCUACACUAGCUGUGAAGGUCUUGUUCGAGCUUUUUUACUGGCUUAUCAGUAGAAAUAACUGAUAAAAAAUGGAAAAAUCCGAAUUUUCGGAGGUGAAAUGGUCAUAGAGAAAAUGAAGGUUUUGAAGACAAAAAAAGAAGGGGAAGACUGAUAGUCCUGAAUGAAGCGGCUAAAAUAGUUUUGAAGAACGCUAGAUACAAAUUAAAAAAGACAACUCGACGAGAUAGCUCUCACAAUAGUUAGCAAGCCAUGUCUAGGACAGUUUCAUGAAAAGCGAAGGUUAAGGGACCCAGAGAUGGCAACAAAACUUCUGCUUAGUGUGUGAAAUAACGAUCAGCUCGUCUAAAAUUUGUAAAGAGGUACAAAAGCGUUACUGUGAAUAGAAGCUGGGAUGAUUAACUUUUUAUGGAUGAAUGCUUAAAGUAUAUUUCUCCAGCUUCCUAAAUGCCUAAACUAAAAAUAAUGUUGUUCGGGGGGGUCAAAGUGGAGAAGUGGCUCCUGGCACCAGAUGAUAAAAAAGCUCAAAAUAGAGUCAUUUGUGGCUGUACCGACUGUAUCCCACUCCAGGCCGCAACGGCUACAGAAUGUGAUAAAAUAACGAAGGGGGAAUACCGGUUACUGAAAUUCUGAAUACAUGUACUCGAUAGAACAAUAAACACCGUCUAGAAAUUUCAUGCAACAAUAAAGUUUUGAUCAAAAGUUACAGCGCUUGAAAUUAAAGGAACGAACUUUUGGGACACCCUGUAAAUGUUAGCGGGAACGUACCGGUUCGUUUUCACCCUUCCGUAGCUGUGUUUCCUCUGGAUUUGGAAGCUCUAUAGGAACAAUUUCACCUUUGGAAUCUAAACUUGCCGUGUUUGAGUGUAAAGAAGUUAAAAAAAUCUUAGAGCUAGGGUAAAACUUACGGUGCUUUUAAAAAACAAAGCAUCUAACCUUGAAACACAGAAACACACAAAACGGAUCGAAAUCCACCAAUCACAAAUCACGAACGACGACCUUUUAUUUCCUAAGAGGUUCGCUAAGAUGUAAAGGCGAGAAAGCGCCGCUUCCUCAAAUUUCGAUUGACGUCGUGGAAAAACACAAAAUCCAAAGACGUUUUUGCAUCGCAAGACUGGGUUAUCCAGAAACAGAUGUAAAAGCAUCGAUCAUUUAAAUGCCACAUGGAUUCUGAAGCCCCAUGAUCUUAUUUUGAAUUAAUGUUAUAGCAAACACAGAAGAAUAAGCAUAGAUAUUGUUUCUUAAAUAUUUUUAUUCAAAACCCAUUUGUUUAUCCUUCCAAAAACUUCGCGUAACACUUACUGGAUUGUGGAUCCGUUCACGCAAGUAAAAUCGGCUAAGUACAUGGUUAAAUCCAAAACAAAAUCCAUCUCGAAUCUGGGUACAUUUUCCGAUUUUUUAAAACUGAACGUUCAAUCUAUAAUUUUCUCAAAAUUAUUGCAUGAAAUUGAAGCGGCAGCUAUUUGUUUUGCUAUGGAGCGUGGGCGCAGAAAGAGUCAGCAAAAUUCCAGAAUAUGCGUGCGUGCACAGAUAAAACUGGUUUAUCCAGUAUGAAACUUGUCUGACUCAUCCAAAGAGCUGGAUGAUCGGCAGAUCAAAGGAACUUGAAGAUUUCGGCAGAGUCGCUUCCUCUUUCCCGAGUUAUCUAGGAAAGAUCGAAGCGACUCUGCUAGCAGGGUAGUGAUUCAGUGAUUUUGCAAUUAUUGCAUGAUCUGUCGUGAUAUACUGUAUUCAUACGUCAGUUUCCUGUUGUUCUCUUAAUUGCACAGUCAUCGAAUCCCACGCGCGUUCAUGAUCACGCACUUAAAGUAAAGAUGUCAGUAAAGAGGUUUUCCAAGGUACACUGUCGAUAGUUCACGGUUAACAUAAGAUGCUUACACUACUUUCGUUUCUAAUUUUUUUUUUGCACAGUUUUAGUAGUAAAUUAUCUUGUAACACUUCAGUGAUUCAGUACCCUGCUAACAGAGUCUCCUUCGAUCUUCCUAGAUAAGUCGGGAAGAGGAAGGAACCUCUGCCGACAUCCUCGACAAUUCAUAAUGACCAUGCUCUAUCAGAUAUAAAGUUCACGGAGAGGGAGUCUGCUCUCCUGAAAAAAAACAACAAAGAGGAAAAAGAAAUAUUGCCUUUCGUCACACAGUACCAGCCCUCAGUGUCUACUUUAUAAGCAGUUUUAAUGAAAAAAUGGAAUCUUAUACAAAACCAACCGUUACAUAGCCAAAUUUUUAAAGAACAACCUAUCAUUUCCUACAAGAAAGGAAAAUCCCUAAAGGACAUGCUCGUUAGAGCAAAAAUAUAGUAUAGAUGUGCGGCCUGUCUCCCCUUAUUAAUAUUUAACAAAAAUUAGUAACGUUGUUAGUUAUUAAUCAUUACCCACACCCACGACCCACGACAUGUACCCACGACCCACGACCCACGACCCACGACCCACGACCCACGACCCACGAUCAUUAGGCAAACUCGAUUUUAAAGGAGUGUAAUCAAUGAAUAAAACCUCCUAUCCUGAAGGCUAUGCGUUGCGUAAUUUGGUUAAAAAAGGUGACUGAUCGAUGAUGAUCUGACUGGUCCCACAGAAAAAAUAGCGGUCCCGCCAAACAGCCCCCGGCACAAAGCGGAAAAAUUACACAAUUACGCACACAAAACGCUCUAGAGGUUUGCAAAACAAAUAAAAGCAACAAUAAAGCACACACUUACGAUCUUACACUACUUUAGUUUCUAUUUUUUUUACAGUUUUUGUAGUACAUUAUCUUGUAACAUUUCAGUGAUUCAGUGAUUUGGCAAUUAUUGCAUGAUCUGUCGUGAUAUACUGUAUUCAUACGUCAGUUUCCUAUCGUUUUCUAAAUUGCACAGUUGUCGAGUCCCACGCGCUUUAAUGAUCAUGCAGUUAAAGUAAACAUCUCAGUAACGAGGUUUUCCAAGGUACACCGUAGAUAGUUCACGGUUAACAUAAGAUGCUUACACUACUUUAGUUUCUAUUUUUUUUUUACAGUUUUAGUAGUAAAUUAUCUUGUAACAUUUUACUGAAUAUAUUUCUUUAGUCAGAUUGCAUGGUCAACCAAAAGCCAUUAAGGGGUCCUAAAAUAUUGUAUGUUCAGCUGUAUGUUUUUUGAAUGACGUCAGCAGCUUCUGCGAGAUGAAAAGUAAUUUAAAAUGGCUCAUUUGGCAUUAAUUUGGUUAGUGUCGAAAAGUCAAGCCCUGCUGCGCUUUGAUCUUGGUAAAACGAACAGCUCCACAAGAAAAACUGUUCGAAAAUGCAACUAGCAAAGAUAUUUCUCUUUUGUGUAUGUUGGCUUCAUGUUCGAGCAGAAACAGUGUCAACUAAGUAUGGAGAUAUCGAGGGUUUCCUGACUCCGUAUCCGGCUGCCUCUGGUCCUUUCAAGUCCGUCAGCAAGUUUCUUGGCGUUCCUUUUGCCGCUCCACCAACUAAAGAGCUAAGGUUUAAAGCCCCUAGACCGCCAAAAGCGUGGAAACCAAAAGUUUAUUCGGCUAAAACACACGGGGCCAUCUGUUUACAGUUAAGAGACCCUAGUCUUGAAUUCUUUAUCCAGUCAGUAACUCCAAAUUUCACCUAUAGCGAGGAUUGCUUGUAUCUCAACGUCUUCAGCCCGAAUACCAGCCUCAGUUUGCCAGUGAUGGUUUACAUUCACGGUGGAGGUUACACCAGAGGAACAGCGAUCACUUCUCCCAGCGAUGUUUUGGCUCUCCAGGGAGUGGUGGUAGUCAUAGUCCAGUAUCGUCUAGGUCCCUUUGGUUUCUUGACGACCGGUGACUCAGCGGCGCCUGGUAACUAUGGGAUGUUGGAUCAAGUGGAAGCACUGAAAUGGGUCAAAGAAAACAUUGCGAAUUUUGGCGGGAAUCCCAGCAAAGUGACCAUAUUUGGACAGAGUACUGGAGGAACUAGUGUGGGGCUCCAUCUUCUAUCGCCUCUAUCACGUGAUCUCUUUCAUCAAGCCAUUCCAGAGAGCGGUGUAGAUUUAACUCCCUUUUCGAUUCAGCCAAAGUCUUUUGGUCUCCGUUUCACAAAAAAGCUUGCAAAAAAACUGAAUUGUGGAUCCGGUGACCAUUCUGCAAUGGUUUCUUGUAUGCGCAGCAAAACAGCGUCAGACAUGCAAAAAGCCGCCGAGUCAAUCAGAUUUAGUUUCAUUAAUGUUAUUAACUGGGCACCAGUCGUAGAUAAAAACUUUCUUCAUGAUACACCCCAAGUUUUGAGGAGAAAAGGAGAAUUCAAGCAAGUGCCACUUAUCAUCACUUUCACAAGUCACGAGGGGGCGAGUUUUCUCGGAGACAUGGUCAACAAUUCUUUUGGGCUGAUGGAGAACGUGGACAAUGGAGUCAGUCCUACUUUGUUCAAAUCAUUUCUAACCAAGUUUGCUCAAGCUCUAGACAGUAGGUAAGUUCCGUUAAGAUUUUACGAAUGUUUCCUCAGUAGCUUUAAUAGAUGUAGUGACACUUUUGGCACUUAUUCCUUAGCUCAUAAAUGGAAAGAAAAAGCGUCUUUCUUUUCCAUUUUUAAAUAAAGUGUUAAUACAUAACUGCAGCCUGUUAUUACGAUUCCACUCACGUUUAACGCGAGCUUACAGUAUCGUAGCCAGCAAAAAAAUUAUGACUGAGACAAUGACCAUGACCUACAUAUUUGGCGUGUUACCCAUCCUUUAUUCGACAAUAAAAUGUCCUUUUAUAGACCCAAAGCCCAUUCCGAUCUAGUCUAUAUUUUUGAUAUGAAAACGUUUUUUUUGUAGGGUUGCGGUGUUGGUGGGAGGGUUAUUUAAGUAUUAGGUUUGGUGCUCUAGAUUCUUGUAUGCGAAUUUUUAUAAAAACAGUUUGUUUGUUCUUAUCACUGAAGAGGCAAAUUGGGAUGAUUUUGUGCGCAUUAGCACUAAUCCCACUGCACUGAUCCCAUUGCUGUAGAACCUCGCGUGCCUCCACAGGGACUUCGCUUCUACAUUAGGCUGCUGCAAGACAAUUGGGCCUUUUUUGGAGCCCAUAGAUACACGGUACCAGGGGCCCGUUUUUAGACAGUCCCGUUAUUUAACGGUCCCGGAAAGUAGUCGUUGUCUACAUUAAUUUUAAGAUAGAGGAUUCGGAGGUUGCGGUAGAUUUGUAGAUAACAUUGUAAAACUAACAGUUAACAAAACAAAAUGGAGCGCUGUUUUUCUGAAUAUUUGUUUUCGGGCUUGUAAAUUAACCGGGACUUUCGUGAAAGGGUCCCCAGGUCUUUAACCUCUGGAAAGCGAUUAAUAACUACAUCUUAAUGGAAGAAUUAACAACAGCCAAAAGACAGUGGAGAUGUUGGGGUACAGCACCCUGCCAUGCAGCAGAGCCUUUUCUUUGGUCGCUCGCUUUGGCUUGCUGGGAUCCGGGGAGACUGCUGCAUGGAUCGAGUAAGAUCUUUGUUGAGCAUGCGUAGGAUGUUGCUAAGAUAUGGUUUCGGACCUGGGGCUUAUUUCUCGAAAGUCUCGAUAACUUUUCGGGCUCAGAAAGCUGUUUUGUGUUUGUUGUGUUUGCAUUCAAGAUCAAAGUUUCAUUAAUUUUGAAAAUAAUACAAUGGACCUAUCAGUUAACGAAGAAAAAUUGACUGGUGUGUGGGCUAGGAACUGUGAUACUAUUCAGCAGGUUUCGAUUUUAAAAUUUGCCUUCUGGCCCGAAAAGUUUCCAGGUCUUUCGAGAAACGGGCCCUUGGGCCUAAUAAUGCACGCGCUUACUACAGCGGGCUCGUUAACGACCAUCAGUUCAAUUAAUAAACGGAUAAUCGCUCUUGGAAAAACCAGUUUUAGGAGGGAAAGCAAAAUCAGUGACUAGUCCAGAAGUUUGGGCUGCGGAACCUUCUUUUCUUUUCCUCAAUCAAAAGGUGGCUCAGCUAUAUGUCGCUUCUGCUCGCAAGGUGCUGUAGAGACGCUCGUUUCCACAGGCCACCAACAAUGCACAUUUAUUUAUUUGUUUGCUUGUUGUUUAAUUGCAAGCAGUGUUUUGCUUCCCCCUUCAAAAUAAAACGAGUGAGGCAGGUACCUCGGAUUGCUUUAAACCUGGGCACGGCUAUGGCCUUUGCAAUAAUUGUUUUUAUCUGUCACUUUUUUUUUUCAGAAAGAAGACUGCUCAUCUCAUCGCAGAUGCGUUGGAGUUCAUGUACACCCCUUGGCCUGACAAAAGUAAUAAAUACGCAUUAAGAAGCCAACUUGUUGAUCUUCUUGGAGAUUACUUAUUUUUUGCUCCCAGUCACGAGGUUGCUGAUGUUCACAGUCAGGUCGCUCCUGUUUACAUGUAUGAAUUUGCUCAACGGGCACAAACAAGUAUGGGUGCUGAUUGGAUGGGCGUUGUCCAUAGUGAAAAUGUUCCCUUUGAUUUUGGAGUUCCUUUGAUUCCAAUGUUUUCGUCAUUUUAUAGUCCCGGUGACAGAAUUGUCAGUUUGUUUAUUAUGACCAUGUACGCAAACUUUGCCCGGUCCGGCGAUCCUUCAGUCAGCGGUGUCGCGUGGGAGAAAUACAACACGACUCACAGAGCUUACCUUAAAGUGGACACAAGUCCCGAGUUGAAGGCGUCAUUUAAUCCUCGCAGAAUGUCUUUCUGGAAUGAUUACUACCCUAAAUUGGUGCAGCAGAAGUUCCGUGGCAAUAAAAAGGUGGUCAGCGGUGCAAAGGCUACUGUUACCAUGGGAUGAUCGGAACUGUUUUUCAAGUUGUAUUUUCAGUGAUUGUUUUUAUGGUUUACUGAGACCUUGCUCUAUGCCAUGUCCUCAUUUAUUCAAAUCUAGUAAAUUAGGUUUCUUUCCCAAUGUUAAUGUGAGCGGGAAGGUAUAGCAUGAUGUAACUCAUAAUAUUUUUUUCUAAGUAGCUAUUGCUGAUUAUAACAUAAGGUUAAACAUUAAAGGUCUUUUUAGCUUGAUUUAUCCUCUCUUCUGCGAAUAGAUCCGUGAUACCAGUGGGAUUCAAUUAAAGGGGCUACUAUCACACUAUCUGCCAUCUUUAUAAAAGCUAGGACUUUUCUUUUCUUUUGUUUUUUUUUUCGUGCGUCAAUUGAAUUUCAAAGAUGACGGUCCAGUUUUGUUAUUGAAGAUGUUAGGCAUUGAAACUGUUUCCUGUCUUCUGUGGCAACGGAUGGCAAGGAUGAACAUGGAUUAAAACUUGAAAAAAUUGGGCCAACCUGUUCAAGUUUUAAUGCUAUGCCUACAAAACUUGCCAAAGGAAUUGUUAUUGUUAGUGCGCACCGAAUAGAUUACUAGUGGAUAAAGCGUCAGGAAAAAAAAAUUGGUCUUAUCUAGCAUACACAUCCUAAAGAUGUACUUCCAACUCUUAGGUCGAUGUCAGUGAUUUUAAGCUCAUGAUACGAAAAAAGUUCGUUAGAAGAUAAUAACAUGAAAGAAAAACAUAAAAAUGGUUGUAUAUCCAAAUAAUUACCUUUACCAAUCUCGAAAAAUAUGUGUAUUCCAAAAAGUGCUUAAAACAACGACAUUAACGGCCCCACCCCUCUCUCCGCGAUCCAGCAAAGUCGAAGGUAUUUUCGCGCCGAAAAAGUCACCUGUUAUUUGCAAUUGAAUAUGCCUAUCCAGCAGAUAGAGUAACAAAACGUUCUGUUCAUCGUUCACCCUAAAAGGUUAUUUCCUACAGCCCAGGACUCGGAAGACUAUAUUAAAAGUGCCGAGUUUCUGAACAAUUGUCACAAAUCAUUCAAUCUGUACAACUGAAGUGAGUGGUACCCCGGUAGUAGCAUAGACAUCUGAAUCAAUACCAUUGAUUUCCGUAUGAUCUAUAGUUUGAUCCCACGGUAUACGUUGUGUUUAUUGAGAUCAUGAAGAAAAGAAACGGAAAGUUUUUGUGACGCAUUCUUUUUUCAAGGACCAGGUAUGGGAUUACCCUAAGCUUUGAAGGUUUCAGUGUGAACGAUUGUUAUAACUAAUUAAUUAAUUAAUUUUGUAAGAAGAUUAAGGAAAGUACUUCUUUUGCCAAAUGUAGGUCCCUCUUCCUAGUCGCAUGAUGGUAAAGACCGUCUGCAAGUGCCACUUCAGCUCUUAGCGGGUCCUGAUAUAAGAGAUUGAUCGUCAAAGCAAGUCUAGAAGAAGACACGAUCAUUCCUUUCCUGAAGGGAUCAUAAGUGGGAGAACACAGAAGUGGAAACGAGGGCUCCUCUACGAUUUCAAAAUACUAUUAGUUGUUGUUAUCUUAUCUCAGGCGUUUCAUAUAACACACCAAUAUUUAUUUUUAAAGUUUGCCGAAGCGUGACCAGAAGCGGAAAAGUCCCUGACAGAAUUCAGUGCGGACAGAGGCGUAGCUGCCUUUAAGCCAUCCAUUAAGCCCAGGCUUGACAAAUUAAAAUUUAGGUCACAAUGAGGUCAUGUAAUUGCAUGUUAUCAGGGCGUGAAAUUGCAACUAGUAUAAGCACUAAUGUCUGUAUGGCGAUCAUGCAAAAUGGCACAUAUUUCACUAGGAAACUAUGUCGCAGGCGAACGCCAAGUAGAUAUGUAGGGGUCCUCUUUGCUUACUUUGGUCACCUGCUAGAAUCAUUUGGGUUCAAAACUUGUCAAUUUGGAGGAUCUCAGCUCUAAAAUAACAUCGAGUACACCGGCCGUUUUCUCCUUGUUUGUUCUUUUUCUUCUUGUUUUGUUUCGUUUACAUCUUUUUCUUUGGACUAAGGACUUAUUCGACUUAUGGAAUUGGCUACCACUUUGAACUAUUAAGUAGCCAAGUGGAUCCUACAAAAAGAGUUAAUUUCAUGCUCUGGCAGUAACAAUCUCUUCUAACAAAUGAAAUAAUUGUGGUAAUCAGAAAGAAAAUCUGUACCUCACCUUCCUCUGAUGCAUGGUUGCUCCUCGGUUAGCCUGCGUGCAGACGAUAACUAAACUCUGAUUAGUACCGUCUGCGAAGCAGCGCAGAGAUCCUUGUUCUGGGCCCCCAACGGACUCAACGAAUUACCGGAAGUGCGUUUCGAAUUCCCCUUCAACCUGAUUGGCGAUCACGACAAACAAAACAAAGCCUUUUUUAACUGGCCAAUCGUGGCGCGUACUCAAAUCUGGGUACACAGCUGGAAGUCCAGAACAAGGAUUUCGGCGCUGUUUCGCAGACGGAGUUAACCAGAGUUUAAUUUCGUCUGCGCGCAGGCUACUCCUCGGUCUACUCGUGGCUGUGAGAAAAUAACCAUUUGACCCACACCCUUCCAAACCUCUUAUUUCAUUGGUCCCUGUAACCUGCACUACCUAUUGUUUUCAGGGAUAGAGGCAUUGUUAUGUCACCAUCUCCAUUGUUUUCCCAGCCAAUCACAAACCUUGCUUGGAAAGGGUAUAGGUCGGCCCCCUAUAACAGCCGUAGCCAGGUGAGUUUAUCGGCGCGAAAAUACCUUCGACCUUGCUGAAGGGAGGGGUGGGGGGUUGACGUCGUUGUUUUAAGCACUUUUUGGAAUACGCAUAUUUUUCGAGAUUGGUAAAGAUCAUUAUUAGGAUGUUACAACCAUUUUUAUGUUUUUUCUUUCAUUAGGAUUUAUUUAUUUCUUUUUGAAUUUCUAUCCAGUUACUCGUUUUCUCGUUACUCCGUUACUCGUUACUCGUUACUGCGUUACUCUGUUUAGUAACACCUUAACAUGAACUUCGUUUAGCUAGGAUUUAAGAUCAGGUUUAAUUCAUUUUCCCAUGCAGCAUUGCAUUUUAUCCAAAUUGCGUUGCCUGAGGUAAAGCAAAACAUAUAUUGGUUUACUAGGCUUAUGCUUGAUACAGUCGGACCUUUAUCAGUUGCGACUACCUCUCGUAAGCGACCAGCUUCCAUAAGCGACCAGCUAUCCAAAACCCCAAACCUUCCCAGUCAAAUUACUACUGCUGGACUCAUAUAAACGACUACCUCUCUUUACCCUUUUGUAAGCGACCACUUGACGCAUGGUUUGAUCUCCUCGUGCGCUGAAAGUAUACUACGCUUCUCAUUGCCAUUGCUUUCGAUAUGUCUUACAAAUUUAAGAGCAACUGAUUAUACAGCUAUGAAUAUAUACCUGUCAUUUCUUAUAAUGCUACUGUAUUCCAGUGAUAUGGCAGCCCUGUAUCUAAAUUCACUUUUUAAAAAUAUUUUAUGACUUGAUCCAUCAGGAUAAAGCACCGUGCCAUUGCUUUAUUGCUCGGGCGUUUCCAUGGGAACGGCCCAGCAAAAGAGUGGGCUUGUUUUUUUUCUGGCGCAAAUCAUCCUGUCGCGCAUACAGCGCAUACGCAAGAUAUGAGUAUGCGUAAAAUAGGUUAGCGGACUAAACCAGAGCACAUGGCUGCCUUAAACACGGUGAGGAAAACCAUCUGUUUUCGGUGUGUAAAGCUCAGUGAUCACAAUGAAUUCUGUCAUUUCUUAUGCUCGAAAACUUUAUACCAAAUGCACACGCUGUUCUUUGCUAGACCUACAGUACAAGAUGACGAGCGAACGGUUCAGUUCAAUCAGUGACUGACUAACUCUGGGUGAACCUUAUCUAGAAGUCCUCUCGAAGUAGUGAGCUACCAACGGAAUUUAAACACAGUGUUUCUCAUCAAGGCAAGAGUCUUGUCGAAGAGUAGGAAUGCCUCCAAGUUUAAGCUUAGUUGCCUUGCAGGAGAAGAAACAGAAAAUGAAUUGAGUAUUAACUUCACUUAGCUUUUGCGUCCUUGCUGUUUGCUUUGACGACAGUGAUUUUAUCUUCCUUUUUUCUUAUGUCCUCUAGUAUACAAUUUCUGCGAUCUGAAAAUAAGGUCAAAAUAAAGUCAUGCUUCGUUGAAUGAAGAACUCAAUAACCACCUUCAAAAAAGCCCGGCAACACCUCCCUCCCACACCAACAUUUUGGCCGAAAUCAGGCGCUUAUUCAAGUAAACUUGAACGAUUCUUUUUCCAGCGAGCUAUGACAUCCCGUAUAUUGAUCCAUUUAUAGCUAAAGGCUGCGGAAAUAUUGGAUCCCGCCCGUUAUACAAUAUAAGAGUAAGUAAAACUUACGCUUGUCGCAGUUACGUUUGGCAGGUCAGGCAAAAACUUCGACGCCACGUCUCUUUAUAAAAGAAAAAAAUGUGCUAAUAAUACAGCGAGGACUUUUAAUCGAUCCUAUGUCAAGUAAGCACGACGUAACGUCAACUGAAACCAUCGCGUGAAACUUAAAAUCAGCAAAGAGCAUAUCAAGAGCUAUUUUAAGUGUAACAUAAAAAGCCAAUUAUACUUAUCCGUUUAUACUGAAAAUCCAAUUAACCUUUUUGCCCUCAGCAUGAAACGUAGUCAAGUCUGUGGAUAUAUUACUGUGAUGACGUGUGCCCAUUCAAGUAAAACUAAAGUAAAGCCAAUUAUACUUAUCCGUUUAACUGAGUCAAAUGCUUCUUCUAGAGAAGAAUAUAUUCCACAAAUACUGACUUAUAGAUUCAAGGCGUUUACAUUCGACCUUUGUAGCCUUUUGAUUUUUGUCUGUCAUUCGCACCGCGAUAGCUAAAACAGUAUUACUACUCCGUCGUCCAAUCAGCGCUUAUGACCGGAUUUCGGACAGAUUUUACGUCAUCAGUAUGGAAUUUCUGUCGCCGAGUCGCAGACGUUCCUCUGACGUCCCCAGCGACGAGGAGCGAUGAGAAACAGCUGUUUUCGCAGGCUAUGAUGUUAUCGAAAACCCAAAAACCAGCGUGUGGUACAAAAAGACACUCAUAGGGAAAAACACCAUAAAUAACAUCAUGAAAACAAUGAAGAAAAACUCAUCCCUGAAAGUUACCUGCCCAGACAAGAAGCUUACCAACCACAGCGCCAGAAAAACGGUUGUCAAGAAAUUGAAGAGCUCCGGCAUUCCAAAAUGUGAGCUUAAAAACAUCACUGGCCACAGUUCCAAGCAAGGUUUGGAUGACUACGACUCUGGAGAUGAAAGGAGGAGGAGUCUGUACACAGGCUAGGGAAGGGGUGAGUUGUUGAAAUGUCACAGGUAAAAAUAAUGCCAAUCGCUUCUUGCUUCAAAUGGCUAUCUCUAUUCCAUUCCACGGACUAGGAGGAGUAGCUAUACCCUCAAGCCGGUAAAAAGUGUAAUUAUAAUCUAUACUUCCCAAAAUAAUAAACCACCGCUUCACGCAGUCGGCAGCCCAAUGAACCCCUUCUACGUGAGGGUCUUGCUUCAUUGCCGUGAUCACACAUGCAGUGAUCAUAUAACCUGCCUUGGCUACUUUCAAUUGACUGGGACUCUGCGACAUAUAUAACGUGUUCUACAGACUACUAUUAACGUCUUACUUUAGAAAGCUGGUUUACUAACUUAGAACAAACGCCACUUAAUCGUAGCCAACAGUUACCAGCACCGUACAAACGACCUAUUGAUGAGAUCAAGCAAAACUACGAAAAGCGACGAAAGUACGAGAGAACGACUAGAGAACUGACUAUUUGACUAACAAUACACGACUGUUUAACUGUGACAAUAGACGGAUCGAAACGCACCAAUUACUGAUUACGAGUCUUCAUAGCCAAUAACAUCACGGCUUAACUGACAGACGACCAAUAACAUCGCGACGUAAUUGACCAAUCAGAUUAAUAACCAGACUAUAAUACCAUCAACUGACGUGAUACAACUCACUUUGACUCUGAAGAUGACUACCGCACAGGUUGUCGAAACGUCAGUCACUGUCAACAACAACUGUGAGUCCUAUUCAGGACUACGUUCACCUGGACGAUCAAACUCAACCUACGUUUGAAAUAAUAAUAAAAUUACUAACAAUAAUGAUGAUGGUAAUGAUGCUUUUUUGCCUUAAACACGGUGAGGAAAACCAUCUGUAUUCGGUGUGUAAAGCUCAGUGAUCACAAGAAUGAAUUCUGCCAUUUCUUAUACUCGAAAACUUUAUACCCUGAAUGCACACGCUGUUCUUUUCUAGACCUACAGUACAAGAUGGCGAGCGAACGGUUCAGUUCAAUCAGUGACUUGACUAACUCUGGCUGAACCUUAUCUAGAAGUCCUCUCGAAGUAGUGAUCAUGAGCUACCAACGCAAUUUAAACACCGUGUUUCUUAUCAAGGUUGUCUUAGUUGUCUUGCAGGACAACAACUGUGAGUCCUAUUCAGGACUACGUUCACCUGGACGAUCAAACUCAACCUACUUUUGAAAUAAUAAUAAAAUUAAUAACAAUAAUGAUGAUGGUAAUGAUGCUUUUUUUAAAAUUCAACUUUAUUAGACGUAAAAAAAGAAACUUACGUAAUAUGUACGCUACAUGUAAGCAACAACGGACAGCUAAAUGCACUUAUAACAACACACAAAGAACUAGAAAGAGAUCCCCCAAGCCCGAAAAGAAAAGAAAAAAAAAGUUUACAUAUUGUGCACACAGACAAAGGUUCAGAAGAAAGUUUUACUGAAUAGAGAAGAUUUGUUUGAGCCGCCUAAAAAGCAUUUUAAUUUUGGAUGAGGGGAACGCAGUCACAUCAAGCUGAGAGUCUAUUUUAAGCAGAAUAAUCAACUUGGAUAUAAAUUCGGAUGUGGUGGCUUUCUUUUGCAUUAUUUUGCAUGUGUAGUGGUACUGUUUUACAUAUAACAGAAGAAGACGCAAGUCCUUUAUCUGUUUAUCAGAUAAACUGGUAUAGUUUCAGUUAGCCUGCGUAGCAGGCACUUGGAAGUAGUGGGCACAAGAAAAAACGGGCGCGCGAGAAAGAGACACGCGAGGGGAGAUACCCCUCGCGUGUCUCCCUCGCGCGCGCCCGUUCUCUCUUACACCCACUACUUCCAAGCGCCUGUUACGCAGGCUAAGUUACAGUUGGUAGGAUGAGAAAAAUCUGUAGCGAAGUAAGGCUAAGGUUUGUAUUGAGCAAGUUCUUGAACCACUGAAGGGACUCGUUACAUAAUUUCUUAAGACUGACAUUCAAAGAAUACAUGUUCCAUAGAGUCAUCAUGAUUCUCGCUACACAUAACACAUUUCAUGCAAUCAGUUAUCCCAAAGCGUUUCAAUUCCGUCUUUAUACUAUUCUGUGCGAAAGUUUAAAAUAAAAUUACCUUAACUUAUUAUGCCGAGUGAUUUUAUAGUUACUUUGCAUGCAGUGCAUCCAAUUGUCAGCAACUGCAGGGCAAUGGUUCCGCCACGUUUGAUGGUAGUCGGUUCAGUGUAAAUUUUCUCAGCAAACGAUUUAUAAAAUUGCUUGCAAGAGGUUUUCAGCAGGAGGUUUUCAGGUUUUCAAUUGUCAGCAACUGCAGGGCAAUGGUUCCGCCACGUUUGAUGGUAGUCGGUUCAGUGUAAAUUUUCUCAGCAAACGAUUUAUAAAAUUGCUUGCAAGAGGUUUUCUUUCAGUUUAGAUUUAAAUCUUUAGCUAGAUGAAAAUCUAAUCUUACACCAACUAAGUUAAGAUUCCCAAGAUCCGUUUUAGCAGAUGCCUCGCUUUUAAGAUGCGUGGGAAGGGCUGAAAUGAGCUGAUAGUAAUGCAAAAAGUUAACUUUAAUGUUGUAUUUGACACCAACUUCUUGAGGAGAAGGGUCAUUGCCUUGAUCGUUCAGCAAGUCAUGUAUCAACAUAACAUUCUUGUCCCGCCAAGCCUUCCAAUAGACCGAUUUGUUUUCAAUAUUUACGUCUCUGUUAUUCCACAAAUUUAAAUAAAUUCACGUUCCAAUGGAUCUUUAUAAUUGCUACGCAGUUGUUGAAAAUAUUCGAGCAGUUCUCAGUAAAACAGAGGAAUUUUCUUGUCUAAUUUGUCAGUACUAUAGUUACAAUUAAGUAGAAACAACAGUCUACCAUAUUUUUCAAAGUGGUGGUAGGGGAUUGCUGUUCAAUUAUCAUUGGAGUUACUUAAAAGUCUGCUUAUCCAACAAAGGCGAAGCGCUUUGACGGUAGUCGUGAAGCAACGGAAGUUCAAUCCACCUUUGGAUAAUGGGCGGAACAAAACCAGUCUUUUGAUCUUAUCUGUUUCAUUCUUCCAAAGAAAUGCAAAUAGUUUUUUUUGCGUCUGCAGAAAGAAUGUUCCAAGAGAUUUGAUGGGGUCUUUCGGACACUCAAAUCUAAAGGUUUGGUCUUGUUUUUGCUCGUCUGAGUACCGAUCCACACAGGCGGACAUGCUUUAAAUGAAUUCACUAUUCGCAUUUCUUAGUGCCCUGGUUUUUACGAGAAUGAGUGUGGUGUCAUCUGCAACAUAUGCAAUGUUAGCACUUUGUCCAUUUGGGAGCUCCAUUCUUCGACUAAGUUGAUUCUGGCGUACUAUCAAGGGCUAGCAUACAAAUAGAGGAGGGCUCAAUGGAGACCCUUGGCGAACUUCUCGGGACACUUUAAAGUAGUCAGUCAUAAACCCGCAUUCAUAACGCCAAAUUCAACAUUGUUAUAAAGAAUGGAUAUCCAUCUCCUAAUAUCUGGGCCGAAGAUGUAUAGUUCUAUACACUUGGGAUGGUAAUGAUGAUGACGAUGAUAAAACGACUUUAUCACCAACCUUUUCAUUAAAUAAUAAAAAUCAUCUCUCAAACAAACAAAAUCGAUGCAGUUCCUUAUAGAUUAUAUUUGGUUAUUUACAUUAAAGGUCUUUUCAGCUUGAUUUUCCCUCUCUUGUGCGGAUAGAUCUGUGAUACCGGUGGGAUUUAAUUAUUGGGGCUCAGCUAUCACACUACCUGCCAACUUUUAAAAAAGCUAGGAAUUUUCUCGGUUUUUUUCUCUGUUUCUAGAUCCAGUUGUGUCCACAAUAUAUCAGUACUUUUUCACUAUGACGUUUGAAUGACGAGCGCACUAUAGGGCGCCGUUUGUGGAAAAAACAUUUAAAACAAAUACAUUCCUUUUUUAUUUGUAAAUAAUAGUCAGCCAUAGAAAGUUUAUUUAUAAAUAAGGAACAACUACUCACCAAAUGAUAUGAAAAUCGUCAUAUGUUGCCAAAACCUGAUAUCUAUAUAAUACCAGUCUUAAUUUAAAGACGUUAUUUAACAAUUAUUCAUCGAGCCCAAUGGGCUCUGAGUCGAUAGCCCAUGAGGCCGAAGGCCGAAUGAGCUAUUGACGCAGAGGCCAUGAGGGCGAGAGGAAUAAUUGUUUUAGUAAAAUCUAACUACCAUCCUGGUCAAAACGUUUGGGACACUUCGUGUUUUAGGUGAGGAAAUGUAAUAUUCAAGUUGACCCCCUUCCCCCCCUGAACAGUGUUGGGUGUUACAAGUCAAACACCUUUUACAUAUCUUGUACACUUUAAGGACCUCAACUUUGUUUGUGGGGGAAUCUUGUUGAGGCCGUGUUUAAGAGUGUGUAUCGCAGGUUAGCUGCUAGUUCCAUACAAAACCAAGUGAAAAAGGGAAGGUGUCCCAAAACCUUUUGGCCAGGAUUGUAGUUGGUCAAAAAUAUCGAGACAAAACAACUUUAGCUGGCAAAACGCGAUUCAGCCGCCAUUGUUUUGGUUUUCAAAGCCGGCGCUUUUCGCUAAUAGUGGGCUAUAACAUAUAGCCAAGUACUACUACUACUACUAAUAAUAAUUAAAAAUUUAUAACGCGCCUUUUCAAUUCAAAUAUGAUCAAAAGCGCGUAAGCGCGUAGUAGCUCAGAACGCAGCAUGGAUAAUGGACCACUAGCUGGAUUUUACUAUAAUCCAUUAUUUGUAAAUAAUGAAUUUUACCUGGAGGGUAAAUCCAUUAUUUAUAAAUAAUGAUGUUAACCUAUAUUGUGGCAAAUCUAUUAUUCAUAAAUAAUGAAGUUUACCUGGGCCCAGUUGUUGGAAGGCCGAUUAGCGCUUAACCCGGGGUUAAAUUUAACCCGGGUUUCUAUUUCUUGUGUUCAAAAGCACUUUCUCGGAUAAUUUUCUCCGUUAUUUUUAGAGCUUCCAAUCAUCAACUUGUAGACAAAAAGAAUUCAAACUGAACUGCUUUUUAUAAGCUUUCAAAUCUGAUUUCAAAUCUCGCACUAACCCUGGGUUAUCUUAACCCAGCUUUGAACAACUCGGCCCUGGAGGGUAAACCCAUUAUUUAUACAUCAUGAAGUUUCACCUCGCCGAGUGUAUUUGUAAAUACUGUAUUUUGCUUCAAGGCACUUAACUAAUUUAUGACACACCAAGGCGCCAAAACGGUAAUUCAUUCGAAGGAAAUGGCUUGAAUUCCGAGACGAGUCCGGUAACCAUCAUGGUUGACUAAAACUAAGACCAGAUGAGUUCCGAAGCCGUUUCUCGGGUCAUUAGCAAAACAGUGAGUGCUGUCCCUGCUCAAGUAAGCAUCUAGCUUGAACUUCAGUUUGUUGAAAUUGCAUUUUAUGAUUAACAAUCGAAUAUAACUUUGGCAAAGCUACGUGUCGCUCCCUAGAAAGGUCACCCCCGGGAUGGAUUUGAUUUGUACAGUGCCCAGGACUUAUUUGCUUGGCCUUGCGUUGAUCUGGCCUGGCCACUUCGCCGAACUUUCGCCCUUUCUAUUUUACAUCCUUCGAGUUUAUCAAAGUCUGCGCCGGGAAUUCGUUUCUCUAGCUGCUGGAAACGCGUCAUUAGUUUUUAUAUCUGAUGCUAUCCUAUUUCUACGAUCCUAGCACGUUUAUUUACCGUUAGAGGUAGAAUUUCGUGGUAAACGUUUUAUUGGAAAGGGAGCAUGGCGGCCGAGAUGCAUCUUACCUUGUGUAUUAUUCAGUAUUAUAUUGUAUGGAGGGUGAAUUUGAGCAAAUUAUCACAAAAAUUCGUUUGAGCAUUAAAUACAAAAACAAUUCAUUGCGGAGUAAGUUUCAUUGACCUUUAUUACUAUUUCCUACAAAUUGUAGGAUCGCUUUUUUACCCUAGAAAAUUACUGUAAUUUUACUGGAACCGUACUGUGGUACUAUCACAAGGUGGAGCUGGCUUUGCACUCGCCUUGGUAGUAAAGGCAGGGUCUGUGAUCGUAAGUCAGACCGUGCUGGCUAUGCCAUGCUGAUGAGUCCUAACAAGGACAAAACAGCUGUCCAUAGCUGCCACGGUCAGCAUUAGAUCCCAUCGGCCGUAGCCCCUUUCUCUCCUCAUGAAAUUUACACAAGGUACAACUGUUUUCUGCUUUUAUAUCACACUUAGAUAAUAUUUCAAGCAGGAAAUGUUCAUGAAAGUCCAAUUAGGAAGAAAAAAAAUUUGAUACGUAAGACAGUAGGAUUCGAGUCCACGACCCAGAUUGUCCAGUAUACUACGUUAACCACUAGACCACUGCAUGAGGAUUUGCUGGAUGGAAGUGAAAUAAUUUAAGCACAUAUAGCAUCAACCCCAACUCAAAAAAAUCUGGCCAUACCGUGGAGUUUGGUAGUGUGUGCUUCAGUUCAUAUCGUGGUCUAAUUAUCACAGAGCCUGGGUUCCUGAGCGCUCGUUGGUAAUAAGUGGUUUCAAGAGAGAACGAGCUUGGUGGUUUCCGAAUGACGUCAGGAUUAAAAAGGCUCGCCGGGAGAUGAAAAGUAAUUUAAAAUUGUUGACUUUCCCUUCAUUUGCUAAGUAUCAACAAAUCAAGCUCGGUUGUUGUUUGAUAUUGAAAAAUCGAGUAACUCCACUGAUGAAGAAGUGUUCGAAGAUGCAACCCUAGCAACCAACGUUAAUGCCUUUUUGCGCAUGUUGGCAUCAUGUUCGAUUCGAAAUAGUGUCGACUAAGUAUGGAGAUAUCGAAGGUCGCGUGACACCAAUCAGUUAACACCUUCCAGCCAAAUUUGGUCCUUUUCUUGGUAUUUUCUGAUACGUGGCUAACUAUUUUCGUAGAAAUUAAAAAACCUCCGCUCGAACUCCUGUUCCAAAACAGCUUUGGUCGAACCCUUUGGAGGGGGGUGGGGGGGGGGGGGAGAUUCCUCCUAGAAAUUCUUGGUGGGGGUGUGCCGCCCGGUUCUUCAAAUCCUGACCUGAUAUCAGACCAAAAAAAUUGUUCAAAUCCAUUUCGAAUACGCAUAUUUCUCUUCUUUCUUACUCGUUUGGAAUUGAAACGAUAAACACGUUAUUCCCUCGAAAACCAUGCCCGAUUCCAGACAAAAAUGAGCAAACAGUUCGACCUUUGAAUCAACUAUUGACCAAAAGUUGAGCCUUUUAAUUAUAAUAAUAAAUAAUAAACUUUAUUUAUAUAGCGUCUAUAUCAUUAACUGUUCUAGGCGCUUUACAAUAUCACAAUCACAAAAGUGAAAAAACGGACAUUUCUUGUUUCGAUGGACGUCACAAGUCUUUACACAAAUAUACCACAAAACGAGGGCAUUGAAAUUGUCUGUAAAGCAUAUGAAAACUUCCACAAAGACAACCCUCCUAUUCCUACACAUUACCUGCGGGAAAUGCUUAGACUAAUCCUCAAAGAAACUUCUUUCCAGUUCAAUAGAAAACACUACCCACAAACCCAUGGUACUGCAAUGGGUACAAAGACAGCUGUUUCUUUUGCCAAUAUUUUCAUGGCACAUAUUGAAACAACAAUUCUAAGCAGAACCGUUUUUAAACCUACAGUUUGGAAACGCUAAAUUGGCGAUAUCUUUUCCGUAUGGGACAUCAGUAAACCAGACAUCGAAGCCUUCAUCGAACAAGGGAACUUACAUCACCCAACUAUCAAAUUCACGGCCGAAAUAUCUGACACUGAGACUAUGUUUUUAGACACGAUUGUAUACAAAGGCACAAUAUUCAAGGAAAAAUCUAUCCUUUAUGUAAAGACACAUUUUUAAAAAACGGAAACCUUCCAGUACACACAUUUCACCUCCUGUCACCCGCCGAGUGUUAAAAAAGGAUUUCUCAAAGGAGAAGCCUUGAGAAUCCUACGAACAAACUCCUCAAAAACUACGUUGGAGGAAAAUAUUUCAAAUGUCAAAAAACGCUUGAUUGACAGAGGCUACCCACAAACUAUGAUAGAAAACCUACUAUCCGAUAUAAAGUUCACGGAGAGGGAGUCUGCUCUCCUGAAACAAAACAACAAAGAGGAAAAAGAAAUAUUGCCUUUCGUCACACAGUACCAGCCCUCAGUGUCUACUUUAUAAGCAGUUUUAAUAAAAAAAUGGAAUCUUAUACAAAACCAACCAUUACUUCGCCAAAUUUUUAAAGAACCACCUAUCAUUUCCUACAAGAAAGGAAAAUCCCUAAAGGACAUGCUCGUUAGAGCUAAAAUAUAGUAUAGAUGUGUGGUCUGUCACCCCUUAUUAAUAUUUAACAAAAAUUAGUAACAUUGUUAAUUAUUAAUCAUUACCCACACCCACGACUUUUACCCACACCCUCGACCCACGACAUGUACCCACGACCCACGACCCACGACCAUUAGGCAAACUCGAUUUUAAAGGAGUGUAAUCAAUGAAUAAAACCUCCUAUCCUGAAGGCUAUCCGUUGCUUAAUUUGGAUAAAAAAGGUGACUGAUCGAUGAUGCUCUGACUGGUCCCACAGAAAAAAUGGCGGUCCCGCCAAACAGCCCCCGGCACAAAGCGGAAAAAUUACACAAUUACGCACACAAAACGCUCUAGAGGUUUGCAAAACAGAUAAGAGCAACAAUAAAGCACACACACUUACGAUCAAACUAGCGAGCAAUAGCGAUAUUAACCUAGCGUUUUGUCUUUCUUGACCUCUGUUGUUCUCUCCUCGAUGGCGUCCCACGCUAAUCUGCAGAAGCGACGCGAAGCGCUCACCCGUUGCUAUGUGACGUCACACUGGCACGCGGAAUGGGUCAAUAAACGUAACUGGAAAACAUGUGUCUCCUGCAUGAGACACAGUAUCAAAUGCAGCAGAUAAAUCUAACAUAAGUAGUACAACGGCUUUAUUGCCGUCAAUUGCAUGCAGAAUACUUCAGAAGCACGAAUACUGGAAAAAAAACUGCUGGCGUAAAAAUGAUUGCGACGACGUGGCUAAGGGCGGUUCAGUGAUUUUGCAAUUAUUGCAUGAUCUGUCGUGGUGUACUGUAUUCAUACAUGUACGUCAGUUUCCUGUUGUUCUCUUAAUUGCGCAGUCAUCGAAUCCGACGCACGUUCAUGAUCACGCUGUUAAAGUAAAGAUGUCAGUAAAGAGGUUUUCCAAGGUACACUGUCGAUAGUUCACGGUUAACAUAAGAUGCUUACACUACUUUACUUUCUAAUUUUUUUUACAGUUUUAGUAGUAAAUUAUCUUGUAACAUUUUACUAAAUAUAUUUCUUUAGUCAGAUUGCAUGGUCAACCAAAAGCCAUUAAGGGCUCUUAAAAUAUUGUAUGUUGUUCGAAUGACGUCAGCAGCUUCUGCGACAUGAAAAGUAAUAAAUGGCGCAUUUCGCAUUCAUUUGGUUAGUGUUGAAAAGUCAAGCCCUGCUGCGUUUUGAUCUUGGUAAAACGAACAGCUCCACAAGAAGAACUGUUGGAAGAUGCAACUAGCAAAGAUAUUUCUCUUUUGUGUAUGUUGGCUUCAUGUUCGAGCAGAAACAGUGUCAACUAAGUAUGGAGAUAUCGAGGGUUUCUUGACUCCGUAUCCGACUGCCUCUGGUCCUUUCAAGUCCGUCAGCAAGUUUCUUGGCGUUCCUUUUGCCGCUCCACCAAUUGAAGAGCUAAGGUUUAAAGCCCCCAAACCGCCAAAAGCGUGGAAACCAAAAGUUUAUUCGGCUAAAACACACGGGGCCAUCUGUUUACAGUUAAGAGACCCUAGUCUUGAAUUCUUUAUCCAGUCAGUAACUCCAAAUUUCACCUACAGCGAGGAUUGCUUGUAUCUCAACGUCUUCAGCCCGAACACCAGCCUCAGUUUGCCAGUGAUGGUUUACAUUCACGGUGGAGGUUACACCAGAGGAACAGCGAUCACUUCUCCCAGCGAUGUUUUAGCUCUCCAGGGAGUGGUGGUAGUCAUAGUCCAGUAUCGUCUAGGUCCCUUUGGUUUCUUGACGACCGGUGAUUCAGCGGCGCCUGGUAACUAUGGGAUGUUGGAUCAAGUGGAAGCACUGAAGUGGGUCAAAGAAAACAUUGCGAAUUUUGGUGGGAAUCCCAGCAAAGUGACCAUAUUUGGACAGAGUGCUGGAGGAACUAGCGUGGGGCUCCAUCUUCUAUCGCCUCUAUCACGUGAUCUCUUUCAUCAAGCCAUUCCAGAGAGCGGUGUAGAUUUAACUCCCUUUUCGAUUCAGCCAACGUCUUUUGGUCUCCGUUUCACUAAAGAGCUUGCACAAAAACUGAAUUGUGGUUCCAGUGACCAUUGUGCAAUGGUUUCUUGUAUGCGCAGCAAAACAGCGUCAGACAUGCAAAAAGCCGCCGAGUCAAUCAGAUUUAGUUUCAUUAAUGUUAUCAACUGGGCACCAGUCGUAGAUAAAAACUUUCUUCAUGAUACACCCCAAGUUUUGAGGAAAAAAGGAGAAUUCAAGCAACUGCCACUUAUCAUCACCUUCACAAGUAACGAGGGGGCGAGUUUUCUCGGAGACAUGGUCAACAAUUCUUUUGGGCUGAUGGAGAGCGUGGACAAUGGAGUCAGUCCGACUUUGUUCAAAUCAUUUCUAACCAAGUUUUCUCAAGCUCUAGACAGUAGGUAAGUUCCGUUAAGAUUUUACGAAUGUUUGCUCAGUCGGCUUUAAUAGAUGUAGUGACACUUUUGGAACUUAUUCGUUGGCUCAUAAAUGGAAAGCAAAAACGUCUUUCUUUUCCAUUUUUAAAUAAAGUGUUAAUACAUAACUGCAGCCUGUUAUUACGAUUCCACUCACGUUUAACGCGAGCUUACAGGAUCGUAACCAGCAAAAAAAUUAUGACUGAGACAAUGACCAUGACCUACAUAUUUGCGAGUUACUCAUCCUUUAUUCGACAAUAAAAUGUCCUUUUAUAGACCCAAAGCCCAUUCUGAUCUAGUCUGUAUCUUUGAUAUGAAAACGUUUUUUUUAUAGGGUUGUAGUGUUGGUGGGAGGGUUAUUUAAGUAUUAGGUUUGGUGUUCUAGAUUCUUGUAUGCGGAUUUUUAUAAAAAAACAGUUUGUUUGUUCUUAUCACUGAAGUAGCAAAUUGGGAUGAUUUUGUGCACAUCAGCACUAAUCCCACUGCACUGAUCCCAUUAAUUGCUGUAGAACCUCGGGUGGCUCCACAGGGACUUAGCUUCUACAUUAGGCUGCUGCAAGACAAUUGGGCCUAUUUAAGGAGCCCAUAGAUACACGGUACCAGAGGCCCGUUUUUAGAAAAGUCCCGUUAUUUAACGGUCCCGGAAAGUAGUCGUUGUUUACCUUAAAUUUAACAUAGAGGAUUCGGAGGUUGCGAUAGUUUUGCAGAUAACAUUGUAAAACUAACAGUUAAAAAAACAAAAUGGAGCGCUGUUUUUCUUUGGUGAUCUGAAUAGUUGUUUUCGGGCUCGUAAAUUAACCGGAACUUUCGUGAAAGGGGCUCUAGGUUUUUAACCUCUGGAAAGCGAAUAAUAACUACAUCUUAAUGGAAGAAUAAACAACAGCCAAAAGACAGUGGAGAUUUUGGGGUACAGCACCCUGCCAUGCAGCAGGGCCUUUUCUUUUGUCGCUCGCUUUUGGCUUGCUUGUUUCCAGGGAAACUCUGCUGCAUGAAUCGAAUAAGAUCUUUGUUGAGCAUGCGCAGGAUGUUGCUAAGAUAUGGUUUCGGACCUGGGGCCUAUUUCUCGAAAGUCUCGAUAACUUUUCGGGCUCAGAAAGCUGUUUUGUGUUUGUUGUGUUUGCAUUCAAGAUCAAAGUUUCAAUAAUUUUGAAAAUAAUACAAUGGACCUAUCAGUUAACGAAGAAAAAUUGACUGGUGCGUGGGCUAGGAACUGUGAUACUAUUCAGCAGGUUUUGAUUUUAAAAUUUGCCUUCGGGCCAGAAAAUUUUCCGGGUCUUUCGAGAAAUGGGCCCUUGGGCCUAAUAAUGCACGCGCUUGCUACAGCGGGUUCGUUAGAGACCAUCAGUUCAAUCAAUAAACGGAUAAUCGCUCUUGGGAAAACCAGUUUGAGGAGGGAAAGCAAAAUCAGUGACUAGUCCAGAAGUUUGGGCUGCUGCGGUAACCUCAAAAGCUUAAUGUGAUUCUCCUCCUCAGUCAAAAGGAGGCUCAGCUAUAUGUAGCUUCUGCUCGCAAGGUGCUGUAGAGACGCUCGUUUCCACAGGCCACCAACAAUGCACAUUUAUUUAUUUGUUUGCUUGUUGUUUACUUGCAAGCAGUGUUUUGCUUCCCCCUUCGAAAUAAAACGAGUGAGGCAGGUACCUCGGAUUGCUUUAAACCUGGGCACGGCUAUGGCCUCUGCAAUAAUUGUUUUUAUCCGUCACUUUUUUUUCAGAAAGAAGACUGCUCAUCUCAUCGCAGAUGCGUUGGAGUUCAUGUACACCCCUUGGCCUGACAAAAGUAAUGAAUACGCAUUAAGAAGCCAACUUGUUGAUCUUCUUGGAGAUUACUUAUUUUUUGCUCCCAGUCACGAGGUUGCUGAUGUUCACAGUCAGGUCGCUCCUGUUUACAUGUAUGAAUUUGCUCAACGGGCACAAACAAGUAUGGGUGCUGAUUGGAUGGGCGUGGUCCAUAGUGAAAAUGUUCCCUUUGAUUUCGGAGUUCCUUUGAUUCCAAUGUUUUUGUCAUUUUAUAGUCCCGGUGACAGAAUCGUCAGUUUGUUUAUUAUGACCAUGUACGCAAACUUUGCCCGGUCCGGCGAUCCUUCAGUCAGCGGUGUCGCGUGGGAGAAAUACAACACGACUCACAGAGCUUACCUUAAAGUGGACACAAGUCCCGAGUUGAAGGCGUCAUUUAAUCCUCGCCGAAUGUCUUUCUGGAAUGAUUACUAUCCUAAAUUGGAGCAGGUGAAGUUCCGUGGCAAUAAAAAGGUGGUCAGCGGUGCAAAGGCUACUGUUACCAAGGGAUGAUCGGAACUGUUUUUCAAGUUGUAUUUUCAGAGAUGGUUUUUAUGGUUUGCUGAGACCUUGCUUUAUGCCAUGUCCUCAUUUAUUCAAAUCUAGUAAAUUAGGUUUCUUUCCCAAUGUUAUUGUGAGCGGGAAGGUAUAGCAUGAUGUAACUCAAUAUUUUUUUCUGAGUAGCUAUUGCAGAUUAUAACAUAAUGUUAAACAUUAAAGGUCUUUUUAGCUUGAUUUAUCCUCUAUUCUUCGAAUAGAUCCGUGAUACCAGUGGGAUUCAAUUAAAGGGGCUACUAUCACACUAUCUGCCAUCUUUAUAAAAGCUAGGACUUUUCUUUUCUUUUGUUUUUUUUUUUCGUGCGUCAAUUGAAUUUCAAAAAUGACGGUCCAGUUUUGUUAUUGAAGAUGUUAGGCAUUGAAACUGUUUCCUGUCUUCUGUGGCAACGGAUGGCAAGGAUGAACAUGGAUUAAAACUUGAAAAAAUUGGGCCAACCUGUUCACGUUUUAAUGCUAUGCCUACAAAACUUACCAAAGGAAUUGUUAUUGUUAGUGCGCACCGAAUAGAUUACUAGUGGAUAAAGCGUCAGGAAAAAAAAAUUGGUCUUAUCUAGCAUACACAUCCUAAAGAUGUACUUCCAACUCUUGGGUCGAUGUCAGUGAUUUUAAGGUCAUGAUACGAAAAAAGUUCGUUAGAAGAUAAUAACAUGAAAGAAAAACAUAAAAAUGGUUGUAAUAUCCAAAUAAUUACCUUCACCAAUCUCGAAAAAUAUGUGUAUUCCAAAAAGUGCUUAAAACAACGACGUCAACCACCCCACCCCUCUCUCCGCGAUCCAGGAAAGUCGAAGGUAUUUUCGCGCCGAAAAAGUCACCUGCUAUUUGCAAUUGAAUUUACCUAUCCAGCAGAUAGAGUAACAAAACGUUCCGUUUAUCGUUCACCCUAAAAGGUUAUUUCCUACAGCCCAGGGUUAGGAAGACUAUUUUAAAAGUGCCGAGUUUUUGAACAAUUGUCACAAAUCAUUGAAUAUGUCCAACUGAAAUGAGUGGUACCCAGGUAGUAGCAUUAGUACCAACAUCGAAAUCUGCAUCAAUAACAUUGAUUUUCGUAUGGUUGAUAGUUUGAUCACGCUGUAUACGUUGUGCUUAUUGAGAUCAUGAAGAAAAGAAACGGAAAGUUUUUGGUACUUCUUUUGCCAAAUGUAGGUCCCUCUUCGUACUUGCAUGAUGGUAAAGACCGUCUGCAAGUGCCACUUCAGCUCUUAACGGGUCCUAAUAGAAGAGAUUGAUCGUCAAAGCAAUUCUAGAAGAAGACACGAUCAUUCCUUUCCCGAAGGGAUCAUAAGUGGGAGAACACAGAAGUGGAAACGAGGGCUCUUCUACGAUUUCAAAAUACUAUUAGUUGUUGUUAUCUUAGCUUAGGCGUUUCAUAUAACACACCAAUAUUUAUUUUUAAAGUUUGCCGAAGCGUGACCAGAAGCGGAAAAGUCCCUGACAGAAUUCAGCGCUGACAGAGGCGUAGCUGCCUUUAAGCCAUCCAUUAAGCCCAGGCUUGACAAAUUGAAAUUUGGGUCACAAUGAGUUCAUGUAAUUGCAUAUUAUCAGGGCGUGAAAUUGUAACUAAUAUAAGCACCAAUGUCUGUAUGACGAUCAUGCAAAAUGGCACAUAAUUCACUAGGAAACUAUGUCGCUGGCGAACUCCAAGUAGGUAUGUAGGGGUCCUCUUUGCUUACUUUGGUCACCUGCUAGAAUCAUUUGGGUUCAAAACUUGUCAAUUUGUAGGAUCUCAGCUCUAAAAUAACAUCUAGUAAACCGGCCGUUUUCUCUUUGUUUGUUCUGUUUCUUCUUUGUUUUGUUUCGCAUACAUUUUUUUCUUUGGACUAAGGACUUAUUCGACUUAUGGAAUUGGCUACCACUUUGAACUAUUAAGUAGCCAAGUGGAUCCUACAAAAAGAGUUAAUUUCAUGCUCUGGCAGUAACAAUCUCUUCUAACAAAUGAAAUAAUUGUAGUAAUCAGAAAGAAAAUCUGUACCUCACCUUCCUCCAUGCAUGGUUGCUCCUUGGUCUACUCGUGGCUGUGAGAAAAUAACCAUUUGACCCACACCCAUCCAAACCUCUUAUUUCAUUGGUCCCUGUAACCUUCACUACCUUUUGUUUUCAGGGAUAGAGGCAUUGUUAUGUCACCAUCCCCUUUGUUUUCCCAGCCAAUCACAAACCUUGCUUGGAAUGGGUACAGGUCGGCCCCCUAUAACAGCCGUAGCCAGGUGACUUUUUCGGCGCGACUUUGCUGAAGGGAGGGGUGGGGGGUUGACGUCGUUGUUUUAAGUACUUUUUGGAAUACGCAUAUUUUUCGAGAUUGGUAAAGAUCAUUACUAGGAUGUUACAACCAUUUUUAUUUAUUUCUUUUUUUUAACCUCUUGAAUUUCUAUCCAGUUCCUCGUUUUCUCGUUACUCUGUUACUCGUUACUCGUUACUGCGUUACUCUGUUUAGUAACACCUUAACACGAACUUCGUUUUGCCAGGAUUCAAGAUCAGGUUUAAUUCAUUUUCCCAUGCAGCAUUGCAUUUUAUCCAAAUUUCGUUGCCUGAGGUAAAGCAAAACAUAUAUUGGUUUACCAGGCUUAUGUUUGAUACAGUCGGACCUUUAUCAGUUGCGACUACCUCUCGUAAGCGACCAGCUAUCCAAAACCCCAAACCUUCCCAGUCAAAUUACAGCUGGACUCAUAUAAACGACUACCUCUCUUUACCCUUUUGUAAGUGACCACUUGACGUAUGGUUUGAUCUCCUUGUGCGCUGAAAGUAUACUACGCUUCUCAUUGCCAUUGCUCUCGAUAUGUCUUACAAAUUUAAGAGCAACUGAUUAUACAGCUAUGAAUAUAUACCUGUCAUUUCUUAUAAUGCUACUGUAUUCCAGUGAUAGUCAGCCCUGUAUCUAAAUUCACUUUUUAAAAAUAUUUUAUGACUUGAUCCAUCAGGAUAAAGCACCGUGCCAUUGCUUUAUUAUUGCUCGGGCGUUUCCAUGGGAACAGCCCAGCAAAAGUGUGGGCUUGUUUUUUUUCUGGCGCAAAUCGUCCUGUCGCGCAUACAGCGCAUACGCAAGAUAUGAGUAUGCGUAACAUAGGUUAGCGGACUAAACCAGAGCACAUGGCUGCCUUAAACACGGUGAGGAAAACCAUCUGUUUUCGGUGUGUAAAGCUCAGUGAUCACAAUGAAUUCUGUCAUUUCUUAUGCUCGAAAACUUUAUACCAAAUGCACACGCUGUUCUUUGCUAUCAGUUCAAUCAGUGACUGACUAACUCAGGGUGAACCUUAUCUAGAAGUCCUCUCGAAGUAGUGAGCUACCAACGGAAUUUAAACACAGUGUUUCUCAUCAAGGCAAGAGUCUUGUCGAAGAGUAGGAAUGCCUCCAAGUUUAAGAAUAGUUGCCUUGCAGGAGAAUAAACAGAAAACGAAUUGAGGACUAACUUCACUUAGCUCUUUGCUUUGAUGUCAUUGAUUUUAUCUUCCUUUGUUCUUAUGACCUCUAGUAUACAAUUUCUGCAAUCUGAAAAUAAGGUCAAAAUAAAGUCAUGCUUCGUUGAAUGAAGAACUCAAUAACCACCUUCAGAAAAAAGCCCCGCAACACCCCCCUCCCACGCCGACAUUUUGGCCGAAACCAGGCGCUUAUUCAAGUAAAUGCGUACGAUUUUUUUUCAUCGAGCUAUGACAUCCUGUAUAUUGAUCCAUUUAUAGCUAAAGGCUGCGGAAAUAUUGGAUCCGGCCCGUUAUACGUAUACAAUAUAAUAGUAACUAAAACUUGAUACGCUUGUCGCAAUUACGUUUGGCAGGUCAGGCAAAAACUUCGACGCCACGUCUCUUUAUAAAAGAAAAAAAAUGUGCUAAUAAUACAGCGAGGACUUUUAAUCGAUCCUAUGUCAAGUAGGCACGACGUGACUUCAACUGAAAACAUCGCGUGAAUGAGCAUAUCAAGAGCUAUCUAUUAAGUGUAAUAUAAAAAGCCAAUUAUACUUAUCCGUUUAUACUGAAAAUCCAAUUAACCUUUUUGCCCUCAGCAUGAAACGUAAGUCUGUGAAUAUGUUACUGUGAUGACGUGUGCCCAUUCAAGUAAAACCUCUCUUCAGCAAUACUUUCACAUGAUACUUUUUAUUUGGUGUGUAGUUCUAACUUUUAAGACGGUGGAUGAAAUCCUAUAGUGUGACCAUUCAAAUUAAUCCUUUCAGAUGGUAAUAUUUUUUUCUCUUUCAGCAGCGGAAUUUCGAAGUUUAUAAAUUUAUAUUCUAGCCACUCCGAGCUAGAACAAGCAGACCUUGGAAUCCUACAAAUGCAGUCAACAUCCCAUCAACUCUCAGAAAGUUUUUGAAUGGGCCAUUUGAUUAAGGGGGGUUACGAAGUGAUAGAAAGAAAAUAUUAGGGGAAGGGAGAGAUGUUAUUUCUUAUUUGGUAGAGUUACUCUGAUAUGAAAAGAUAACAAAGUUAAGAAAAUAGCUGCGUAUUAGUGCUGAAAGUUAGAGCUCAAAUGGAGUUCUGUAAAAGGAGUGAAGCGAAAAAAAAUUCACAAACACCCAUGGUAUACACUUUAGAAGUGCUACCGUUUUGGAGAGUAACGAUAAAUGGCAAAGUUAUCCAAAACCUAUGGCUCACUCUCCAAAUCACAAGUAACAAAAACGUCACUCUAAGAAGGUCUUAAAGGUGUCAAAUUAAAUAAAAACUAUUAAAUAAAAACUAUUAAUAAGACAAGUUUUGUUAAUGAAUUGCUUUUUCUUAUAUGUAAUUACUUUAAGUCUUCAGCCAAAAUGUUUUGGCUAACUGUUAAAGCUAACCAUUUACCUUGUGUAGUACAGUCUGUUUUCGCCACAUCCAUUCAUGCACAAAAAGUAGCAUCCCCCCCUCCCCUGUCAUUGCCCACGUGGGCGGAUGCAUGCGAUCACUUAAUUUUCCCACACGUCUUAAUUUCGUCAUCUGUUUUUAAAAGUAAGUUAGGGCAAACAGGCCACCUACUUCAAAGUUCAAGAUAAUUGGUGGUAACUGCUGAUUUUCUUCAACCACCAAAAUAACAGAUCUUGUUUCAUUACACAAUUAAUGGAAAUGGUUUACUACAAGCUUCUACCCAUCGUUAAGUUGGUUAAAUGCAGCACAAAAAUUUAGCCUUAAUUGCUUAUUCAUUUAGUCUUUAAAAAGGAAGCUGUAAUAGAUGAUGCUCUGUUACUAGAGUGCUCAUUGUUUAUAUUUCGGCCAUUAAGUCCUCAACUUCCUUAAAUAAACGACUGGGGGCAGUUUAUUUGGAGUGAUACUGGGGUCAGGUUCAAAGAUAUUUCUGCUUGCUUAUUCAAGUUAAAGCAACAGUGAAUCAUUAAAUGGUUGAUUGAGGUGACCUGAAGGCAACUGAAACGAUCUGUCGAUAAACAGAUUCACUGGAGAGAGAAUACUGAAACUAUUGGGUGACUUUUCCUGUUAUUGGUCUGUGGUUUAAAUCAAAUAGUCAAUCGAGUUCGAGAGACGUUAAUCCAAUUCACUGUCAUUCCUGCGGAGCUAGACUAUCAGAACGCGUGCCAGGGAAGGAAAAACAACUCGUCGACGAUGGAAUUGUUGAAGAUCAUUGUACCAAUCUAUCUCUUGAUACCAGCUGAAGUCUGCUUCGUUUUAUCUGAUGGUGAAGAGGUUAAAGUGACUACGAAAUAUGGAACAAUACAAGGACUGACUCGCCAUUUCCCCGACAUAGACAAGCCAAUAAAAGGAGUGAAAAAAUUUCUGGGAAUUCCUUACGCAGCUCCACCAACAGGAGAUCGGAGAUUUCAGCCCCCACAGGAGCCUUUCUCAUGGAAACCUGCCGUUUAUAACGCCUCCUAUUUUCGGAACAUUUGCCUCCAAGAUCCUGAGUAUAACAAUUUCUUCUGGCCUAACUUCUCACUUGCUCAAAGCGAAGACUGUUUGUACCUGAACGUUUACGCGCCGAAUCAAAAUUUGCCACCAAGCAAACUCUACCCCGUCAUGGUGUACAUUCACGGUGGGGGAUACGAUGCUGGGACCCCUGCGGUAAGUCCCGGGGAUGUUAUACCCCUGUGGGGUGUUGUGCUAGUCACGAUACAGUAUCGCCUGGGUGUACUUGGAUUCGCGACCACUAGAGACUCUCAGGCUUCGGGGAAUUCUGGGAUGCUGGAUCAGAUCGAGGCUCUGAAGUGGGUACAGCAGAACAUAAAAGACUUUGGAGGAGAUGCUUCUUCUGUAACGAUAUUCGGUGAAAGCGCUGGAGGGUCAAGCGUGGGACUCCAGUUGUUGUCUCCUCGAUCCAAGGGUCUUUUCCACCGUGCUAUUUCUAUAAGCGGAGUGGAUCUUUCUCCAUUUGCGAUUGGCUCCUCGAUAGAAGUGGCAAAUCAGACUAGAAAAGUUGCCAAACAGCUUGGUUGUUCUUCGAGCGACAACCGUGAAAUGAUAAAGUGUCUGCGAUCAGUUGAUGCAAAGAGAUUCCCAGUCAAUGAAGUGAACGUGUGGAGACCGAUAGUAGAUGGACACUUUUUGCCAGAUGCACCAGAAAACCUAAGGGAUGCUGGGAAGUUUCAUAGUGUACCAUAUAUGGCUGGAUUCACGAGCCGCGAGGGUUCGUAUUUUUUCCCUGAUGUACUUGCCAAAGUUACGCCUGAAAAUUUUCGUUACUACACAGCGACCAUAUUUUACAACAUUGGCAACAAAUACGGACAAAUGAUGGACGGGGGUCUUCCAAAGCCACUUCUUGACACGAUAGAACUCUUAUACACGCCAUGGACUGACAAAAGUGAUAAGGAUAAGGUGAAAAGGGGAUUGCCGAUGAAGUAG